GGGGAGGGGAGAAAGCGCGCGCGGGGAGGAGGAGGGGAGAGAGGCGCAAAAGGCACCCGCGCAAGGCCUCCCUCCCAUUGGCUGCGAUUCCCUUUGUGCGCCAGGCAGCUGCGAGCCUCAGCUCUCCAUUUGAAUGUAUACAGGGCACUGGGAAGGGACCAUUUCCAUGGGCCAUCUGUCUUACUCUAGCCCGCAGCAGCAGCAGCAGCACCAACCUCUCCAGAAACAGCAGACGCCAGCACUGCCAAAACCAUCACCAUCGCCACCGAAGAGGAGAAGGAGGAGGACCGCCGCCGCCGCCGCCACCACCACCAUCACCACCGAGGGAUAGUUGCAGCGCCAGGGGACCACAGCAGCUGGCCAAGAUGGUUUUGGUACACGUCGGCUAUCUUGUUCUUCCAGUGUUUGGCUCUGUACGAAACAGAGGUAUCUCUUUAUCUGUGCAUUUUCUGGUGGGGUUGGGGUUUGGGGGGAGGUGGAGGGGCGGCUGUAGGGAUGAGGAAAGAGCAACCCCCCCUUCCCUCCCCCCCAAAUGACCUGGAUGGUUUGGUGAUGGUUGUAAUGGAAGCCACUGGUCGUGUUGCCUUCUUACAUACAACUGGCAGAGAGGCAAAGGAGAAGAGGUGUGUGUGUGUGUGAGUGUGUGAAAGUGGGGAGGGAGCUGGGGGGGUGGAGUGCAGAGCAAGUGUAAGGCAUUUGAGAAAGGGGGGUGGAUGAGGGGCAGGGGGAGGGCAUCAUCUCCUAGUGGUGUCGGGGGACCCGAGAAGCGCAAGGAAAGGGAGCAGUCUGUAAGGAAUCGGGGCGCGGGGGGGAGAUUAGAGAAAGAGAUGGAGAAGCGGUGGAAAGAAAGAGGAGCCGGAGGGGGCUAGGGGAUGAAAGAAGAGGCGAAAUUCGGGGGUGAGAGAGAGAGAGAGAGAGAGAGGGCACGAACUGGGAAGGGACGUAGGGGAUUGUGUGCGAGAGAGCGCAGGUGGGGAGAUACCCCAUUAGUAAGAAGGAAAAUGGACCAGGAUCGGAGAUGGCAGGGAGGGAAAUCUCUAAGUGGAUCGAAGCGUUUUGUUUUGAGAAACAGUCUUGCGUUAUUCUUUAGAGAUCUUGGGUUGUAUUUCAGAGCGAUCUCGCCUUUUAUGUAGAAUAAUGUAUAACCUACCCCCCACCAAUGUCCAGUUAACUCCAUUUUAUAUAUUCUGGCGAGCCCCUCCCCUUUUUUCUCCCUCCCCUUCCCACCUGACAAAUAUAGAUCCAUGCCUGCGAGGAGCACUAAACUGCCCCUUUCUAUAUAUGCAGAUUGUAGGGAACUUUACAUGGUGGUUGGUGUGGUUGGAAAUUGGAGGGUUUUACUUGAUGCCCAUAGGAUAUAAAUCCAGGAUCCAGGAUUUUUGGGGGCUUUUUUGGUGUGUGUGUAUGUGUGUAUUUUUAUUUUAUUAUUUUUUAAGUAAUUGUCUUAUAUGCGAUCCCAAGCCCCUAUAAAACGAAAUGCAAAUUAUGAGCUCAUGGCGAGGCCAGCUGGUCUCAUCCCUCGCUCUGCCUUCUGGUGAACUCUGUUCAGCCUCUUUUGUCUUCUCCUCCCCCCCACCAAAUAUACUUAUCCAGUGGAUUUUAAUCCUUUUUGAGGGGGUUCGGGAACCCUCCAACCCAGCCCUGCCCCCCUCUUUUUUGUGAGGUUUGACAUAGGUGUCUGUGCAUUCCCACCCCCCCACACCAAACACCCCACUUUUCUUAUGACAUUUGAACAGUUUCUAAUACCAAGCCCUGAAAUAUCCAGCCCUGUCCAUUCACAGAGCAGUGUGUCUUUUGAUCUGAGAUGCACCCCGGUUGCCUAGACCGAAAUCCAAAUUAACAGCAAUUAUUUUCCAUCUCUGGAUUUGAAUUUAAUAUGGGAUGUGUAUAUGGCCAUUGCACAUUUCCUACAAGCUCUCCUUUCCCCUCCCAUUCCUAUAUAGCCGCCACGGACAACGGUUUUGAAUCCUCUGCUUCCUUUUUCUUCCUUUUUUUUUUUGGAACAAUUUGUCCUCCUCCAUUCCAUGUAUUUUCUUUCAAUCAAAUUGAAGAUGCAUUUAGAUGUCAUGGCUGAUUGCUUCCCCGCACCCCCUUUCUCUAAGAGCCAUUCUUGCCUCAACUAUAUAAUCUCCUUUUUCCACCAUGCCUGCCUCCUCCCCUUCUGUGGCUCAUGGCUGAUCGAAACCCUAGGAUAGAACAACGGCAACAAAAUCUCUCAGUUUAAUUAAAGCGACUAAAUAAUAUAGCCCGUUUUCCUGGUAAGCCAAGGCAUUCUGCUCAUAUCCGCUAAGAUGCGAUCCAUCAGUGAGGUGUGGACAGUUAAUAGAAACACCCCCCCAUAAGAAAAAGAGUCUAAGACCCUAAGGCGAGACUCCUGCCAUUGUGCUCCUGAGACCUAUGGGUUUCAGUAGCGACCCCACCUGCCACCCAAAUCUCUUUGGGCUGCAUCAUUCUCAGGGCCAAAUCCUGAUCUCUGCAAAACACAGGUGAGGAGAUGGAGGGUGUAAAAAAAGUGGGCUUCCAAGACACCGGGUCGAAACAGGCAUCAGCAUCUGCCCCCCCCCCCAGCCUCGCACAUCCCUCAUUCUGCUGCUUUUGCCUUUCCUCCCCUUUGCCCCUCCCUCCCCGCCCCCCCCCACUGUACAUGUCUAUGUACAUAACAGCUUAGUUUCCGCACAUGGUGGCAUUUCUGUUUCCUUUAAUUGCAGCCUCUUCUGGUGUGGUGUUGGUGGUGGUGAUGAUGAUGAUGAUGAUGGGAUGACGACAUUUUUUUUGCAUUGAUCCAAAUCUUUUUCUUUCUUUGUUUGUUUCCAAAUUUAUUUUGUUUCCUCAUCGUGUAGAUCAGUGAAUGGUCAACCUGCUGCCCCUUCCGUUGCCUUGUAGUUUUCUGCCUCUGCAUUUUAGCUCUAAUGUUGACACCCCCCACCCCCUUCUUUAACCAUUUCCUGUAUCCAUCUGAGGAACUGCACUGGCCUUUUAAGCUGAAGUAUCCUCUUUCGGUGGCGUUGCUGCAAAACCGGGGUGGGGGGGUUGUUGGCUGCUGGGAGGAGGAGCUUAUGAUAUUUUAAAGCCGGAAUGCUACCUCCCUCCCUCGCCUGCUCAGUUAUCCUUGCAUGACUUGAAAAUGCAAAGGAUUAUUUAUUUAUUUUAAAAGCAAAAGGAAAAAGAUAGAGAGAGAAGGCACUGUUUGAUCACUCCCCAAAAUUAUGCUUCUCUGCAAAAUAUGAUACUGAUGUAGCCAAGAGCUUCUUCCUCAACAAUUAUGGUUUCUUUAAAAAAUAAAUAAAGAGCCAGCAGGCUGUAAUUUCAAAUUCAGGUGUCAUCUGGGAGAAAGGGGGAAAAUUUGCUUGUGUUCUUACCCUCUGGGGAGAAGCACCAGGAACAAUAGAUUUCACCUCUCUUUGGGUCUCAUUGGCUUCCGAACACACCCACUGAGGAACUAAGGUUCUGGGUUAGGUGGUAUUUGCCCCUGCUAAAAACCACCCGAGACUUUCUGACAGAGGAUACUGAGGCUUAAAGCUGAAGUCUUAAACCACCAAUCUUCCUGUGAAAAGAAAAAGGAAAGAAAGAAUAUGGUAGACAGACUGUAUGCUCAAACCUGUUUCUCUUUAGCUGUCAUUGUAGUAGUCUAGAAGGGUGUGGGGGGGAAACAGGCCAUUUUCCAAUAUAGCUCUAGUUUUAUAACGCCAUUUUUGUAUCUUCAUCCUGUUUAGCUAAGUACAUUUGCACUGUAAAUUCCUGUUAAGUGGAUUCAUUUUGCUUCAGCUGGGUGGAGGACAAUUUCUUGGGGUUCUUUGCUCCCCUUGCCACCCAAAUCUCCGCCCUAACCUCUGUUCUUGUAUUCGAUCUUGGUUUCCCAGGCAAAUUGACUUUGGCUUUGAAUUUCUUACAAAAGAAAAAGAAACCCUUGCAAAUUAAACAAACAAACAAACACAACCCCCCCCCAAUCAUCUGCAAAAAAGGCUCUGCACCUUCUUUACUUUGGGAGCACGUCGUAAAUUACACAUAGAUACACUCUCACAGACCCGCACACCGCUCUCUCCUCACCCAAAUUCCUCCCUUCCCAACAGUUGACCUCCAUCCGUUGUUCCCUUUGCAAGCUGAACCCCAAUGAGCACCCACAAAACUCCCUAACAAAACCCGACGUGUCCCAUGUCUUUCUUGAACGUAACACAAAACAUUCCCCCAUACAUGCACCAUUUAAACACACACACACACAAACACUUCUAUUGGGUGGCAAUUUGGAUCCAAUCCUUCUCUUUUGGAACGGCCCAGGGGGGCGGGGAACCAAAACAUGCAAACUUAACGAAAAGGAGGAAAGAGAGAAGAAAAAACAAAAAACAGAGGAAAGUGGAAUGCUUGCUUAGCAAAAUGGUUUUCCAUUCAACAGGGAUAACAUUUCUCUCUGCUGUGCUGAAUUUUUUACUUCCUGUUCUUAUUUUGUGGGUAAAUUUUUUUCUGUAUUCAGAUAUCCUUUGGUUGUGUAUUUCUUCCACUUUUUUUCUUGUACUAAAACUUGAAGCAUGGUCUGUAUUUUUUUACAUUACCUAGUUUUUUCUGAUGUAAAAUCUCUCUCCGUAGAGACAUACCCUGCUGAAAUGUAAUGUGCAGUAGCUGAUACAUCUUAUUCAUUGUAUGCCGCUUCCGUUCUGUCGCCCUUCCACGGCAUGGUGGGCCCCUGUUGCCUUUUGUAUUGUGUGCAUGACAACAUUGUUACAACACAGUUCCACUAAUACUAAUAUACAAUCUCUCAAUAAAGAAACUAGUUUUCCUAUAUUAACCUAGUGUGCUUUUUCUAUUGCUGUCCCCCACCCCAUUUAUUGUUGUAUUCCUGCUGUUUUAGAUUAUUUCCCCCCUACCCUGCCCCCGCUUCUCCACCCCCACCUUCUCCCCCAUUUGAGUGAAUGGAUCUCUUUUUCUCUGUGCCACCAAUAUUGGGUUGGAGGGGGCGGAGUAGAGAGUAUGAAUGUUCUUUCUCCCAUAUCUACCUUCAAGCAUUCUAUAACCUGUGAAUACCAACUCUCUCUCUCUUUCUCUCUCUUUCUCUCUAGAUACACAUCCUAUAUUAUCUUUCCCCACCCUAGGUGGAGAUGACUCUCUAAUUGAGGUGCGCCAACCUUUUGCCAAGCUGCCCCCGUCCCCCGGCCAGGUGUCCCGAACAUCUGGAGGGUGCCAAGUUGGCAAAAGGCUGGUCCUCAGAGCGCCCAAGACGAAAAUGUAGAGAGGUAUGCAUAUAAAUUCACACACUGGUGAAAAGUCCAAAACUGUUAAAACGCAGGAGAAGCUUGCUAGCUACUGCGAAAUCCCAACAUGUACUGAACAUCACACCAGGUUGCUAAUCAGGGUGAACAGUGACACCAAAGUGGAUGGGGCUGGGGAGAGAGAGAAAAAAAGAUAUAUAUUGACAAAUAGCCACUGAUUUUUUUAAAAAAAGUAUCUCCUUCCUCUUCACGAGCCUUCCUUUUGAGUUUGAGGAUUCAUGUUCAUUCCUGUAAGUAAAAAACCUUUAGUUGUUGGUAGCUAAGGAUGACCUUGGGAAGACGGAGGGGUGGGAAUGGAAGUGGGGGGUGGACAGGUGUGGGUUGCAAAUGGAUCCCUUAAGACAUUAAAUUAUCCCCCUGGCCAUACGCCACUCACAGCCAAAGGUCCUUGCAAGACUCUGAAAGAAUAAGCACUAGAUAGACCUUUAAACUAUUACCUUGCCCAGGGCAAACCAAAGCGACCUACAACCAAACUAGAUACCCAUUCCACCUUCUUUCUCCCUCUGUUUAUCGAUGAACCAGCCUGUAGACAGCUGUCUUUGUGUGUGUGUUUCUGUGCGUGUGUACAUCCAUGCAACACAUACAUGUGCAGAGCAGGGGCCAAGGAACAUCCCCCUCCCCCCGAAAAAAACCUAUUUGCGGUUCAAUCUGAUUCAUGCCUACUUGGAAGUAAGCCCCGCCUGUUUCCAGCAGGGCUUACUCUCAGGUAAGUCUGUGCAAGAUUGCAGUCCUGGGGGAUUAUGCCCCAAACCAGCAGCCAUGGUGAAGAGGGCACCCUUAUGUAACACCUUGGUCCCGUCUUCCAUUGCCUACGUGCCGGGAGAGAACGAAGGGCUAGACUUUUGAAGGGCUAGACAAAAGAAAGUCGAACCUCAGUCUCCCCUAGACAAAACCAGGAAGGGGGGGGCGGGGAAGAGAAAGUAAAAGGUCGUUAGGUUCACCCCUCUCCCAUCGUCUUUCUUUCAGGUGGGGCGAAGAAUAAAUCCAGUUUGUGUUAAAACGUUCGAGACCACGCCAAUGGUCUUGGAGAGGGAGGGGUGGAGAAAGGAGAUUGAAAACCAAGUGGAGAAAAUAAGCGUCUUUGUAGGAGGUGUCCCAGUUUGGGGGUGCAUGGGGCCAAGCCCCUUUCCUGCUGGCUCCAUCCUUCCUGCUUCACGCGCCUUCCCCCAUGUAUAUCCUUAGUCAAUCGUUUGGCCAUUGCCUCCCUCCUUGUUUGACCAUACGCAAGACACAUCCGACAUAUUGCUUCUCCUCUCUCCCCCCCUCCUUCCGGACGUAGUGAAUGCUCUUUAGGCCUUUGUUCUUGACGCUGUCCUAAGCCAGGUCUGGCAGCUUAGCUGUUUGCUGUGACACACAUCCAUCUUAUUACCACACAUGUUUUUUUUAAUAUAUAAAAAAAACAAAACCAGAGCCAGGUUGUGCUAGCUUGCAUGGAAGAAAGAAAUAUCCCUAGGUGCAUGCUUUUUGCAAAGCCGUGUGUGUGUUUGUGUGUGUGUGUGUGUGUGUGUGUGGAUGAGGCUGGCCAUCCUUUAAUGAUGUGAUUUUUUUUUUAAUCCCUCCCCCUUCCUUCCCUUUCUCUCCCCCUUCUGCCUUUCUCCCCACCCUCCCACAAUAUAACCAUUUUGAUUUUCCUUUGGGGAAUGAGAAGCCAUAAACACAAGCCACCCACCUCGCCAGAGGUAUCUGGUUCCUGGCUCCGGCCAGAGGGAAAUAUAUGACUACGACAGCUAUUUCCCACCCCACGCUUCUCCCCACCCCACCCCACUCCUCGCUCGACUCCGGCUUUUGUUCAGAUAGCAGCAGUUUCGCUGCAUCAACAGAUAACCCUCCACCAGAUAUGGUCCUAGAGAUUAAUGCCCACGCAGAUCAAAACCGUUCCUUUGCUGCAGCUGGGGGAGAGUUUCAGUGCUCUUAAUAAGGCCGGGAAAGCGGCUCGGUUAAUAGGAAGUCAUGCUAAGUCAUUUGUCAUCUGAGUACCACGGCUGACCUAUCUCGCCAGAAGCACAUUCUUGGGAGAGCACAGGUGUAUCUCUGCCACAUCUCGCCAUUAAACAACCCGAGGCCUCCAUAGUUCACAUCAUUCAUUGAAAGCAUCUCCAACUGACCUCCCACAAGUCUUGGAUAUUCUGGUUUCCCCUCCCUCUUUUGUUUCGUUGACACUCAGUGUGAAAUGUCUUGACAAGCACAGACCUCUGCCCCUGCUGUGGGCAUGAAUAUUCACACCAUAUUAGGUUUUCUGGAGUCUAUCUAUCUAUCUGGGGCACCUUAACCUAGCCAGGUCCCACCAACACACACCUGAGGGUCUCCAGGAUGUACUAAGUGUGGUUGAUGAGGGAUAAUUCUGGAGGCAGAGCUGGUGGUAUUCCUUUGUCCAUGUGUUCAGUUCAAUGUGGAAGAACUUGGCACCCUGUGAUUUCGUUUUAAACAAGCAGACAUGUUGCUAGUUGAAGGUUGGAAAUGUGUGCGGGUCUGCCAGAUGUUCAGAAACUAACAGCGACAUUGUGCUAUGCAUGUUUGCUCUGGCUGCAAUCCUAUUGCCUACUUGGAAGGAAGUCCCAUAGAACUGAAUGGGACAUGUGUCUGAGAAGACAUGGAUAGGAUUGUACUGUUGGUCCCACUGCACACAAUGGACUUUACACGCAGGUAAGUGUGUCUAGAUCCCUGGAUCCGUAUCUCUGACUAUUCCUUGUCCCUACUGGCAAUUGAAGCCCAAUUCUAUGUGCUUUCCUUGCUUUUUGCUUCCUUAUUUUAAAGUCUCCUCAAACCUCCAUUUAGAACAAAUAAUGCAAUGUAAGCAAACCAAGGCCCGCCUAAUAACAAGCUGGCACGGUUGUUUUCCGAACAUGGGUUGUAGGAGUUGCCUUUUUAACAUAAUGCGAUUGUUGUUGUUGCUUUAAAAAAAAUAAAUCAUGUUGUCUGAGCACUCACAUUACCCUAGGCUGGGUUAAGUCUGACAGAUAUAGGGCACAUUGCGCAGGGAGCAUAGCCUUGUGAACACUGUCAAAAUGAGUCAGACCUCUGCAAACAGAAUUCUCAAGCAUCUUCAAUCCAGGUCAACGUACAGUGGCCACGUAAGGAUGGCCAGAAAAAAGGACAAAAGAGAGGACAGAUUUGCAUAAAAUUAGCAUUUGCUAAUUUGUGUGUGUGUACGCACUUUUGGGAAUGGUUACUGCAAUUCAAGUACAGUGUUACCUUGGUUCUCGAACAGCUUAGUUGACGAAUAAAUCGGCUCCCGAAUGCCGAAAACUUGGAAGUAAGUGUUCUGGUUUUUGAAUGCUUUUUGGAAGCUGAACAUUUGAUGUCGCUUCCGCCUGAGUUCAGGAAGCUCCUGCAGCCAAUCGGAAGCCGCGCCUUGGUUUUCGAACGGUUUGGGGGAGUUGAACGGAUUUCCAGAAUGGAUUAAGUUCGAGAACCAAGGUUCCACUGUAGAUAUAAAUGCAGGUUGACAUGGUGGCGAAGACAUUGACCCGGUGACCUGUGUCCCAGCUCAGUCUGCUAUCCAGUCGGUACAGCACGAGACUCUCUUUUUUGUGUGUGUUAUUAUUUUAUUUUAUUUUUUGGGAAAAGAUUUUAUUAUUAAAAUAAUUCAGCAUUAAUACACACAUAUUGCAAAUAUACAAGCAUACAAACAUACAUUUCAUACAAUCCUUAAAAAUGUUCAAACAUACCUACACUCAAUCCCACAGAUAAUUCCUUUUCACAUCACCAUCCACCACCCCUCACCCCACCUUUGUGUUAGACUUCCAAUCUACUCAGUUGCAAUUUCUUUCCACUUCUAUUACUUUCUUUCACACACCUUUAACCUGAUUUCAUGCUUCUUUUUCUGUUACACAUUGUUAUCCAUCUUAUUUAGUAUUUCAGUAUUUAAAACGGAACUUGUUUAUUCUAAUAGGAGUUCUGAUUUUUCAGUAUGGUUUUGCAAGUAUCCUUUAAACACCUUCCAGUCCCUGUCUAUCUUCUCUUUUGAGAUCCUUCCAAUUUCUCCCAUUGUUUUGGAUAUAUUGUAAUACCCCAAUAAUUUAGCAAGCCAAAGACUCAGCACAAGACUCUUAAUCUCUUAAUCUCAAGGUUGUGGGUUUGGGCCCCACUUCGAGCAAAAAGAUUCCUGCAUUGUUGCAGGGGGUUGGAAUAGAUGACCCUCAUGGUCCCUUCCAGUUCUACAAUUCUGUGUUGAGGGGCCACUUCAAGGUCUUUGAUAUCCCCACGUACCGCGUUCUUUGACUUGAAACCAGACUCGGACUGGGCAGGCCUUCAAAUAGAGAACUGUCUGUUGCAAAAUAGAAGAAAUGCCAUCCUAGGUUAACUGUGCAAAAGGGGCUCUAUUGCUGUGCCCUGAUUUCUUCCUUUCUUUUUUAAAAGGAAUAUAUGGGAUCUGUAGUGUGCCUUAUGUCACAUGCCAGCAGCUGGAGUGUUCUCUAAAAUGGGAGACUGAUCCUUUUCAAUGGAUAUUCUUGAUCAGGUCGAGGACCUGAAAAGUGGAUCUUGAGCAGAGAUGAAAUCCCCGUGCUUGGUCAUCUGAGGAACAGACCUGGAGCCCUCUUUGAUGAAGCAAUCCCAUGCGACGCCUACUUGGAAGUAAGCCCUACUGAGCUCAAUGGGACUUCACGGUGCAAUCCGAUCCAUGUCUACUCAGAGGUAAGUCCCACUGAGUUCAGCAAGGCUUACUCCCAGGUAAGUGUGUAUAGGAUUGUAACUGUAGGGACUUCUUCUUUUUCUUAGCAUUUCAAUCCCAAAUAGGGGCACUGGUUUUUAUUCUGCUCAGCGCUGUGUGCAGGGUUCCACUAGUGUACAAGCACAUCGCACAAAUGUGGCAUUUUAUAUUGGGUUCGGCAAGCACCACCACAAUGUGCAGCUGUUUCUUUUUGAAAAAGGAGUUGUUUCUAUCCCUUGAAAGGGCCAAGGAAGUUUUGCAAGCAUCUGGGCCAUGGGUAGGCAAACUAAGGCCCAGGGGCCGGAUCUGGCCCAAUCGCCUGCUAAAUCCGGCCCGCGGACGGUCCGGAAAUCAGCGUGUUUUUACAUGAGUACAACGUGUCCUUUUAUUUACAAUGCAUCUCUGGGUUAUUUGUGGGGCAUAGGAAUCCGUUCAUUAUUAUUUUUUCAAAAUAUAGUCCAGCCCCCCACAAGGUCUGAGGGACAGUGGACCGGCCCCCUGCUGAAAAAGUUUGCUGACCCCUGAUCUGGGCCAUCUCUGGUGAAAGCGCAGAGCUGGUAGUGUUUGUCAUCACAGCAGUGUGCAUAUCCUGCUUUGUCCUCCUCAAUGAUUACCAGAAAAAUAAUAACCAUUAUGCAAAUAUUAUGCCCGGUUGUAUAUAAACCAGGAGCUUUCCUUGAUGCAGAGAUUAGGUUUGCUCACUGUUCAGGGUGGUGGUUGUUUUCAUUUCUUGCUUUGCGUUAAAUUCACAUCUCCAAUGCACAUUCACCUCUGCCCUUGCAAACAAGAACCAGGACCACCAAAUCAGAGCUCCAUUGCCCCCUGAACCGAGAACUCCUGGUGUCAGUAGGGUGAUCUCAUUGUGGUCUUUGUGGGUGCUAUUUCUGUGGCAUCAAUCCAACAGACCUUCUUUGCAACCUGCUAUGACAAAUCAGGGAAAGGCAGGGCCGGCACUUCAAUAAGGCAGAAUGAGGUGGCUGCCUCAAGCCGGCAGAUAUUGGAUGCCAUGAAAUGGCAGCAAAUUUGGUUUGAUAUUGUAAUUUUACUGCUAGGGAGCGGGAGGGGUGCUUGUGGGAUUUCCUGCCUCAGGUGCCCAUAUAACUUGGGUGGCCUUGGAUAGUUUGACCUGUGGGGGAGGGACAAUUUUCUGCUCUGCCUCAGGCAGAAAAAGGUCCUGAGAGGUGCCGGAACUGAGUUCUGGGGAGUUCUAGCUGGAAAAAAGCCCUGUCCCAAAACGAUGCAUUCUGGGAAUGGUGGCAGUGACCAGAGUCGCAAGAGGCCAACUAGAGACCAGUGGACACAAGAUAUAUUGUAUUUCUUAAAUCAGGGGUAGGCAACCUAAGGCCCAAUCGCCUUCUAAAUCCAGCCCGUGGACGGUUCGUUAAUCAGCGUGUUUUUACAUGAGUAGAAUGUAUCCUUUCAUUUAAAAUGCAUCUCUGGGUUGUUUGUGGGGCAUAGGAAUUCGUUCAUUCCCCCACCAUAUAGUCCGGCCCACCACAUGGUCUGAGGGACAGUGGACCAGCCCACGGCUGAAAAAGGUUGCUGACCCCUGUCUUAAAUAAAUAUUCUUUUGAUUAAAGAAAAGAAGAAAAGAUAACAGGCACUCAUGUUUUUCUCCUACUAGGGGCUUUAGGAAGGAAGGUGGGUUUAUAGGGCUAAGCCCCCAUCCUCAGUCCAUCAUAUAGAUGUUAUCUGCAAAAAAAGAGACUGAGAUGCGUUAGCACAUUCUUAUUAUUAACUAUUAUUAUGACAUUUAUAAGGUAAAGGUAAAGGGUCCCCUGACCAUUAGGUCCAGUCAUGACCGAUUCUGGGGUUGCAGCGCUCAUCUCGCUUUAUUGGCUGAGGGAGCCGGCGUACAGCUUCCGGGUCAUGUGGGCAGCAUGACUAAGCCGCUUCUGGCGAACCAGAGCAGGGCACAGAAACACCGUUUACCUUCCCGCCGGAGCGGUACCUAUUUAUCUACUUGCACUGUGACGUGCUUUCGAACUGCUAGGUUAGUAGGAGCAGGGACUGAGCAACAGGAGCUCACCCCGUCGCGGGGAUUCAAACCGCUGACCUUCUAAUCGGCAAGCCCUAGGCUCUGUGGUUUAACCCACAGUGCCACCCGCAUCCCAUGACAUUUAUAUCCCACCUUUUUCUCUAAGGAUCUUAAGGUGGUGUACAAUGUUCUCCCUCUCCUCAUUUAAUCCACACAACAGACCUGUGCGGACCCUCAUUUAACAACCACAGCAGGUAGGUUAGACUGACAGACUGUGACUGACAGACAGUGAGCUUCAUGACCAAGCGGGGAUUCAAACCUUGGUCUGCUAGGUCCUUGCCUGACACUCCCUACUAUCACUGGCUAGUUUGGUCAAAAAUGGCCAGUUUGGUCCUAGAUGUGACAUUUGGGGCUAUAAACUGCCUUACAGUAAUGCUUUAGACCAUGGGUAGGCAAACUAAGGCUCAUGGACUGGAUCCGGCCCAAUUGCCUUCUAAAUCCAGCCCACAGACAGUCCGGGAAUCGGCGUGUUUUUACAUGAGUAGAAUGUGUGCUUUUAUUUAAAAUGCAUCUCUGGGUUAUUUGUGGGGCAUAGGAAUUCGUUCAUUUCCCCCCAAAAAAUAUAGUCCGGCCCCCCACAAGGUCUGAUGGACAGUGGACCGGCCCUCUGCCAGAAAAGUUUGCUGACCCCUGCUUUAGGCACCUGCUCCUAAUGGAUCUCUGGCCGUGAGGGGCCCUUUCCAUCGCUUCCUAACUGAACCUGAAGUAAAAUAAUAAUCUUGAGAUGUUCAGGAUUGCACCUGGCACCUUCUGCAUCUUGUCACUGCUGUGCCCUUCUUCUGAGCCCACCUGACGGGGGGGGGGGCGUUGCUGGAGCCAGGAUCAAAAGAGCAAUUGGAGUCCCACAACCAAGGAGUCCUCAAGUCCCAUCAGAGGUAGGGAGCGAUGGCAGCCUUGAAGAACUCAGGGGAGGGAAGCUCUCAGGGGAGAUUUGGCGUGGUUGAUUUGGCUGAGGACGUGACUGGGAUCAUAGCCAAGCCGUGCCGAUUCCCUGCAAAGCAAGGUGGGAGGCAAGUUUAAAGAAUCAGUGGUUGCUAGUGGCGAUGGCUGCGUUCUACCUCCAACUUUCAGAAUGCCUCUGAGUGCAAGUUUCUGGAAACACCAGGAAGGGAGAGGGCUGUUGCAGACUUUCCUAGCCCAAGGUCACCCAGUGAGUUUCGUGAUGGAGCGGGGAUUUGAAUUAUGGCUUCCCAAGUCCUAGUCUGACACUCUAACUAACCACUAUAUCAGACUGAAUCAGACAUCUGAUUAGCCACUGUGAAAACAGGAAGCUGGAGUAGAUGGGCUGUUGGCAUACUCGCCAAUAUUUCUCCGAUGAAAAUAGGGGUGUCCUAUUCAUGUGGGUGGCGCUGUGGUCUAAACCACAGAGCCUAGGGCUUGCAGAUCAGAAGGUCGGUGGUUCAAAUCCCCACGACGGGGUGAGCCCCCAUUGCUCGGUCCCUGCUCCUGCCAACCUAGCAGUUCGAAAGCACGUCAAAGUUCAAGUAGAUAAAUAGGUACCUCUCUGGAGGGAAGGUAAACGGCGUUUCUGUGCUCUGCUCUGGUUCGCCAGAAGCGGCUUAGUCAUGCUGGCCACAUGACCCGGAAGCUGUACGCCGGCUUCCUCGGUCAAUAAAGCAAGAUGAGCGCCGCAACCCCAGUUUCAGCCACGACUGGACCUAAUGGUCAGGGGUCCCUUUACCUUUACCUCUACUCUUAAAAAAAAAAGUUUUUAGGUGUCCUUGGAGGAGGAAAAAGUGAGUUAUAAAAGCGAUAAAUAAUUGUUAUUGGGGUAAAGUGGGGCUCCCCACAUCCAUGUAUGCUGCUCUGGCAGUGGGGCCAUCACCAGGGGCAGAGGAAGGGGGGGUGCGGUCCGCCCUGGGUGUCACCACUGAGGGGGAUGGCAAAAUGACAGGCAGCACUCACCGUGGGGCCUGCAGAGUGCCCGAGCCAUGGGUCUCUCCUGGGAGUGACACGGUGGCUUGGGCACCUGCAGGCUCCACGCUGCCCCAAAUGGUCUGCCCGCUGCCUCCCCCUCAGCUGUAGGGCGGCUGAGUGGGAGGAGGUAGGCAGACUCCUGCCCUGUCUGGCCCUGCCCUUGGGCACAGGGCAUGUGCGCUGCCCCUGGCGCCCGAUUGGCUUGCUCCACUGGCCAUCACUUCCGUUCUGGAAACAAAAACCCGAAAGACAUGUCCUCUGCCCCUCUCCACUGCCCCGCAGUCAGGCUACAGAAGCACAUCUCUGGUGCCCCGGGGCAGUGCCCUUCUUGUAAGCUUCUGGAGCCAUCUGGCCGGCUGCUGUUGGAACAAGACAACCUGCUAGCCUAGCGGCACCUCAGUGUCAUCCGGCAAAGCCAUCUUUAUUAUUCCAAUUGCGUCUCUGCGUUGGCUUCGAGACAGCAAUCCUCCAUAUCUUUUUAUAGCGUUUAACAAAUUCCAUUAAAACCAAUGGGGCUUAUUUGUAAGUAAAUGUGCUUAGAAUCAACCUGUUACGAUCGUCGCCAUCUCCUCUCUCCCUUUACGCCUUCUGUUUUAGAUUACUUUUGGGGCGGGCGGGGCAGAACGAUUUCGUGGGAAAGGGACUGCCGGGACUUCGGCAACGCUCACCUUCAGACGUUCUUGUUUCCAGCACAUGCAACAUGCCAUAAUCUCCGCCUGAAUCUUCCUAGAACCAUCUUGUGCACCUCCUUCCACAGUAUGGCAAACGACUAGCAUUAAAUUCUUUUGUGGAGGACGGGCGUUGGCUCUUCAACGCCGCCCUUGCACGACGGCGCUCCGUUUCAAAAUGGCAAAAUGCUUCGUGUCCACAGUGGAUUAUUGUCCACAGUGGAUGACAGCAGUAUCUCUUCAGGAUUUCUCUCUGCCAGGGACUGAACCAGAGACAUCAUCAUCAUCAUCAUCAUCAUCAUCAUCAUCAUAAUAAUAAUAGUUGGUCCCUUACCUUUCCCGCCCCGACCUGGCCACAGUGAUCCAUGCGACGGUCAUCUCCAGGCUUGACUACUGUAAUUUGCUCUAUGCGGGGCUGCCCUUGAAGCUGUCCCAGAAACUCCAGCGGGUGCAGAAUGCUGCAGCGAGGCUCCUCACGGGGUCUCUGCCAUGGGAGCAUAUUCACCCAGUGCUUUUCCAGCUGCACUGGCUCCCGGUGGAGUACAGGGUCAGAUUUAAGGUGCUGCUUUUGACCUUUAAAGCCCUUCACAGCCUAGGACCCUCAUACCUACGGGACUGCCUCUCCCGGUAUGCCCCACGGAGAGCCUCAAGGUCCAUAAAUAGCAACACCUUAGUGGUCCCAGGCCCUAAGGAAGUUAGAUUAGCUUCAACCAAAGCCAGGGCCUUUUCAACUCUGGCUCCGGUCUGGUGGAACGCUCUGCCUCAUGAGACCAGGGCCCUGCAGGAUCUGAUUUCUUUCCGCAGGGCCUGUAAGACAGAGUUGUUCCGCCUGCCCUUUGGCUUGGAGCCAAUUUGAUUCCCUCCCUCCCUCUCUUUCUUUUUUCUUUUCCUUCUCCUCCUGCGAUGAGGCUACAUUUUAAUAUUUUAAUGUUCCAUUAUUUUAAUGUUGUAUUUUAUUUUUGUUUUAAAGUUGUAAUCAUUCAUCUUGUUUUUAUUAUUGCUUGUAAGCCGCUCUGAGCCCGGCCUUGGCUGGGGAGGGCGGGGUAUAAAUAAAAAAAUAUUAUUAUUAUUAUUAUUAUUAUUAUUAUUACCCUGCCCAUCUGGCUGGGUUAUCCCAGCCACUCUGAGUGGCUCCCAACAGAAUAUUAAAAACACGGCAAAGCAUCAAACAUCAAAAACUUCCCUAAACAGGGCUGCCUUCAGAUGUCUUCUAAAAGUCACAGGUAGGUAGCCGUGUUGGUCUGCCGUAGUCGAAACAAAAUAAAAAAAAUCCUUCCAGUAACACCUUAGAGACCAACUAAGUUUGUUAUUGGUAUGAGCUUUCGUGUGCAUGCAAGACGUAUCUUAACCAUCUUCCACCAUUAGUCAUGCUUGCCAGGUGAGAGUUGGAUACUGAGCUCUUGGCACUUCAGGGCAAUUUAAUCUCUGAUUCUUUUCACAGCCCAGGGUGGCAGGGAUGCAAAUGAGGGCUGGAUCGUAGAAUUGUAGAGUUGGAAGGGACCCCAAAGGUCAUUUGGUGCAACCCCCUGAAUAUAUACAAUCCGUAUCAUCACAGAAUAGUGCCCUUCCCCAUGAAUAUGCUCAGCAACAUGUCAUUGAAGCAAUCCUAUACAUCAUUCUGCUUUAUUCGUUAUUCCGCUAUGCAUCCCCAAUGUUAUUGCAUUAUGUCAUCUGGAGGGACACUCUUGUCCAUCCCCACCCCCUCCAAAAAAACUUUUGCAAGCAGCAUUCAGCGUACGGGAUCACCUAUAACUGUCCUGAUACCAUUCGAGGUGGGCUGUAGGCUAGAGCAUGGAGACUUUGGGAAAGUGCCUUCCUCAUCCUCCUGCCUCCUUUCUCUGGCGCCCCCUACUGUUGGUCUCCUUGCCUCCUGCCCAACCAUAGGCAAUGGACACCAGGUGCCGCUGAGUAAAGGCUUUUAAGCCGUCUCUGCUAUGGGGAGUGAGAAGGAUGGACCUGGGGCUGCAAUCCUUUUACACACCUGCCUUGAGAAAUCUUGUGGAAAGCGGUUUUUGACUGGCAAAACACAACAUGCAGUCUGCUCAGCAGACAAUGACUAGGGGCCCAACCAGGCUACACUUUUAUUGCUGAAAGGAUGCAGCAACAUGCGAUGAAUACAUUAACAGUGUGUUUAUAUUGGGCAGUAAGCCUAUCUUCUCCAUUUCUCCUGUUUCCACAUUACGGGAUCCACACAAACUUAAUAAUAAUAAUAAUAAUAAUUUAUUUAUACCCCGCCCAUCUGGCUGGGUUUCCCCAGCCACUUUGGGCGGCUUCCAACAAAGUAUUAAAAUACAGUAGUCUGUAAAACAUUAAAAGCUUCCCUGAAGAGGGCUGCCUUCAGAUGUCUUCUGGAAGUCUGGUAGUUUUUCUUCUCUUUGACAUCUGGUGGGAGGGCGUUCCACAGGGCAGGUGCCACUACCGAGAAGGCCCUCUGCCUGGUUCCCUGUAACUUGGCUUCUCACAGUGAGGGAACCACCAGAAGGCCCUUGGAGCUGGACCUCAGUGUCUGGGCAGAACGAUGGGGGUGGAGACGCUCCUUCAGGUAUACUGGGACGAGGCCGUUUAGGGCUUUAAAGGUCAACAUCAACACUUUGAAUUGUGCUCAGAAACGUACUGGGAGCCAAUGUAGGUCUUUCAAGACUGAUGUUAUGUGGUCUCGGCGGCCGCUCCCAGUCACCAGUCUAGCUGCCGCAUUCUGGAUUAGUUGUAGUUUCCGGGUCACCUUCAAAGGUAACCCCACGUAGACGUGGAUGCACAAAACACUUUAAAAAGAAGAGAAAUCAAGGUUCCUUGCACUUCAGUCUGCUCUGGUCUCCCUCUUUCUUCCCAUCUAGGGCAGCCCUGCCCUCUGCCUGCCCCUCAGAGCUUCUGCGUCACACAGAGCCAACUGUAUCCUCUCUUCCUCUUCCAUACUCCAGCAGCCUCUAUAAUCUGCCCAAGGAAGGAGGCUGGCAGAAUUAGCCACAGAGAGGCAGCAGGAUGCUCCUUUGCAGCUGCCCCCAGUCAUCACUACUCAGUACAAACCCCAGCUCAUCUUCCCUCCAAUGCUUGGCAGCAGAGAGGCUGGUGGGGGAAACAGGGACAUUCCAGGAUCAAAUAAGAAGCUGGAAUGGUUUUUGUAAUUCCAGGACUAUCGCUGGAAAAUAGGGGCACUUGGAAGGCAUAAAAAGGUAAAGGUACCCCUGACCGUUAGGUCCAGUCACGGACGAAUCUGGGGUUGCGGCGCUCAUCUCGCUCUAUAGGCUGAGGGAGCCGGCGUUUGUUCGCAGACAGCUUCCAGGUCAUGUGGCCAGCAUGACUAAGCUGCCUCUGGCGAACCAGAGCAGCACACGGAAACACCGUUUACCUUCCUGCCGGAGCGGUACCUAUUAAUCUACUUGCACUUUGACGUGCUUUCGAACUGCUAGGUUGGCAGGAGCUGGGACUGAGCAACGAGAGCUCACCCCGUCGCAGGGAUUCGAACCGCUGACCUUCUGAUCGGCAAGCCCUAGGCUCUGUGGUUUAACCCACAGUGCCAUCUGCGUCCCUCAUCUUGGAAGGCAUAGUAGUGUAUUAAAAGCGCAAAUUGAAAACAAACAUAAAAAGUUCCAGGGUUUUUGCAGAAACCCCAUGGCGUGCACAGAUCAUGGCCAAAAGCAGUAGAACUUCCCAAGAAUGUUUGCAAGCACAUACAGAGAGAGUAUUGAAAAUGCCGUCGUGUAUAACUGGCCCGAUAGCAUCGUGAGAGCAAAUCAUGAUGGAAGCAUGAUUGAAAAGGAAGUCUGAAGACGGCCUCAAGGAGACUCAAAGGAGCUGAGCUCUUGCAAAGGCUUUCAGGGAAGAGUGAGUGGGAGGAGGCUCUGGGAGUGAGCACCUUCUGCAAUAAGAUCUGUCAACUCUGUGGGGAUGGGGUUCACUAGAUAUGCUAGCGGAGAGGCUGUUUGUAGAGUCACUCAUAUGUGCUGCUGGUUUGAUGAGCUCUGUCAGCAGGCAUCUGUUUCGGGGUGGAUAGAUUUUGACAAACUGCUUUCUUCUGCAAGAUCUAACACCCUGGAUUCUCUCAGUACUGUGCUUUUGAAAAAAGAACCUCUCUCCUUUCCUGGGUUGAACUUUCCAGGCUGAAUGUGGGGUGUCUUUGUGCACCAGGCUGCGUUUGCCACAUGCAGACCUGAGGCAGCAGCUUCUGGGCUGGAGUGGUGGCUAGAGAGUUUGAACCAAGGUCCUGAGUUUGAAUCCCUACCCUGAGUGACCCCGGGCAAGUCGCUACUUCUCAGCCUAGUUUUGCAAGUUCCACCUUCUCAGGUCCUGACGAGCCUGGCAAACUUUAAGUCACCCUUUGCAAAAAUAAAAAUAAAAAUGGAUAUUUAUAUUUGCAUGCCAUGACCGCCUUCAAAUGGCAAGCAUUGGAAAAAAAAUGCCCCUGUUUCAAGUUUAGGCAGAUAUUGUGUCACUUUUUUUCAAAGAGACCAGCUGGGAGAGGGAAAGGGAGAGGGGUUAAAUCCUGUUCCUUCUUUUGCAUCCCAAGCAGGGCAUCUGCUUUACAGCAAGCCUUGCAUUUGUUGUGUGACUGCACAGUGUGUGUGUGUGUGUGUGUGUGUGUGUGUGUGUGUGUGUGUGUGUGUGUGUGUGUGUGUGUGUGUGUGUGUGAGAGAGAGAGAGAGAGAGAGAGAGAGAGAGCAUGUAAGAUUUCAUUUUGUCUUCUGGUUCUGCUGGGACCCCACCAGAGACGGGAUAUGGAGGGAGAAAUCCAACUCAGUUCUCAUUUAAAGGCAGACUUGCUGAAUCUGCAGUUUCCCAAACAAUACAUGAACUGAUGCUUUAGGUGAGAUUCCUACAUUGCAGGGAGUUGGACUAGAUGACACUUGGGACCAUAGCUGUCAACGUUUCCCUUUUUGAAAGGGAAAUUCCCUUAUUCCGAAUAGGAUUCCUCGCAAGACAAGGGAAAAGUUGACAGCAGCUUGGGACCCUUGGGACCCUUCCAAUUCUACAAUUCUUGGAAUUUUUCAACACAGUUCUCCUCCCAAGUAACUUGUGCAAAAAUGCAAAAUAAUAAUAAUAAUAAUAAUAAUAAUAAUAAUAAUAUACUCCACCCAUCAGGCUGGGUCUCCCCAGCCACUCUAGGCGGCUUCCAACAAAAUAUUUAAAAUACAAUAAAACAUCAUACAUUUAAAAAAUCCCUAAACAGGGCUGCCUUCAGAUGUCUUCUAAUACAGUGGUACCUCUGGUUGCGAACGGGAUCCAUUCCGGAGGCCCAUUCGCAACGUGAAAAGCCCGCAACCUGAAGCGCCGUAUCUGUGCAGGUGCGUGGCAUGAUUUGGCACUUGUGUGCAUGUGCAAAGCGUGAUUUAGUGCUAGUGCGCAUGUGCGAGCGGCGAAACCCAGAGGUAACCCUUUCCGAUACUUCCGGGUCGCUGCGGGACGCAACCUGAAAAAAUGUACAUGAAGCAAAUGUAACAUGAGGUAUGACUGUGAUGAGUUAUUUCCUUGAUGUCGGAUGGGAGGGUGUUCCACAGAGCGGGUGCCACCACUGAGAAGGCCCUCUGCCUGGUCCCCUGUAACCUCACUUCCUGCAGUGAGGGAACUGGUGCUGGACCUCAGUGUCCGGGCAGAACGAUGGGGUUGGAGACACUCCUUCAGGUAUACUGGACCAAGGCCGUUUAGGGCUUUAAAGGUCAGGACCAACACUUUGAAUUGUGCUCGGAAACGUACUGGGAACCCUUGGAAGUCUUGGUGCCAGGUUUUGGAGAGCACUUGGGCAAGACGGGGGCCUCCUACCCCUGAGUAGAACCACCUCAUUCUCAUUGCUAUUGCUGCUGUCCGUCCAUUUGCCCUGUGGCCCUGAGCCCAAUGUGCACCGCUGCCCAGCGUUUCUCAAACUCGGGUCUCCCAACUGGUGUUGGACUACAAUUCCCGUCAUUCCUGACCAUUUAUCCUGCUAGCUAGGGAUGCUGGGCAUUGCAGUCUAACAACAGCUGGAGAUCCAAGUUUGAGAAACAAUGGGAGGGUCAGAGAGAGCUUAUGUAGUCUGUCGCUCCUCCUGCAACGCUUAGGAACUCAAGACACUGCCUUACUCCGAGUUAAGCCAUUGGUCUAUGUAGCUCAAUAUUGCCUACGCUGAGCAUGUGCUCAGCUUUGGUCCUUCAUCUCUUUGGAUGCAGCAGGUGAGCAGUCAUUGGCAGCAAGGAGAAAAGAAUAGCAGUAGGGGCUGCCCUACCAUUGGGCAGAGUGAGGCGGUUGCCUCAGGUGGCAAAUGCCGGGGGGCAGGUUGUGGAGAUCCAUAGUGAGCUGUUCAGAGGACAGAGCUGUGUGUCUCAUCACACAAUCGGCCGUACAGCCGCUAUGCUAGCCUUCUGUCUUCAGGCGCAGUGGGAAACAGGGCACUGGUGGGAAGGGAUGGAGGGCAUCAUCCUGUCCUCAGCCUGCAAAAUGUCUGGUGCUCUUGGGGCUGGUGGUGGGCGCCCUGCCAGAGCCUUUGUGCAAUGAUGUCAGCGGCUGGAGCCAUCCUUGUUAGAUAUCGGUCCUGGUUCGCCUUCAUUCUGGGCAGAGUCACGGCACGGUCGCCUUUCCGGCGACAUCUUCGUUAACUCCCGAUGACUUCCUCUGUGGAUCAUUAACUCUGAUGAAACAACAGGCAGCAUCUGCCUUUGCGCUCUUUCAUCUGAAGGACUGGGAAACUCCGCGGGAGUGAUGAUAUUAUUUCAAGUGCACACAGCCCUGGAGUGAUUGUUCUGCUGGUGGCUUGGAGGGUUCUCUUUCUUGUCCUCCUCUUCCUCCUCCUCCUUUGAAUUGUGCAUAGCGGUUAAAGGCUAAAUAAGGUAGCACAGAAAGCCCACGGGAUGCAUUUAAUUGCCACAGAUUUGUAAGGGAAUCUGAGCUGUAGUACUCACCGUCCAUAAGAAGGGGACGAUGGGAAUCAAGCGUUCACCUGGAGGCAGUGCUGAAAUAGCAGAACGGAGGAUGCAAUGAGCUGAGGGUGGUCAGUCUCAGUGUCUCAUUCUUUUUCAACCUUUUUCACCACAUUUCCACACUACGAUUUAUUUUUGGGGAAACUUACCAGCAAUUUAAUACGCAUUUCUCUCAAUAUUUCCCGCAUGAAAUCUUGCCCAGUGUGCACAUUUUUGCAAGCUGUUCCCCUUAAUGCAACACAUAUUCCAUUAACGUGUGCAUUUCACGUUCUCUCUCUUGUAGCGCAUGCAUUUCUGUGCAUAUGUUUUGUGGGCGAGGAUUGGAGAUCUGUAUCACAAAAAUGGCAUAAGAGAGCACAAAUUAGGAACGGGCUAGGUCUUCCACAUCUCUAUGAACUCUUGUCCCACCACCACAGUUAGCAAUCAGCAUGAAUGGGGUCCACACACGUGACGCCAGGUGACCCAUUUUUGCAUAGUGCUGCGGGUGUUGCAAUGAUGUCAGGUGAUUGGCAGGCGGGUGGCCACACCCACCUGUCAAACAUGGCCUGCGGGGUAGGGGAGAUAAGAACCCACCUUUCUGAUGGGAUCUGCUUCCCUACUUUUGGCCUAGAGCAGGGACGUCCAACUCCUAAGAGACAGCGAUCUACUCACAGAAUAAAAAACUGGCAGUGAUCUACCCCUUUUUUGGGAGUUCGGGUCAAAGUUGUUGUGCCUUUUUUUAGGGGGGUAUUUUGACCUUUUUUGGGGGGGAGUUCAGGUCAAAGUUGUUCAGCUUUGCUUAGGGAGAAAAGUCAAAGCUGUUGACCUUUUUUUAGAGGGGCACCUCAACAAUGUUGAGCUUUCAUUAGAGGGAAAAGGGAAAAGUCGCUCAACAAAAGAUUGAGCAGGAAACAAACAGCCUCACAGCGAAAACUCCAUCUUCCAUUCUAGCAAUCAGGUGCAAAUGGAGAAUGGUGUGAGGGGGUGGGGCUGUAUCCUCUUUUCCCCCCCGCAAAGGAAAAAGAACCUGCGAUAGACCCAAACCUCCCAGGGAUCAAUCAGUCGAUCGCUGUUGACCGGUUGGGCAUCCCUGGCCUAGAACAUCCAGCAUGCCAUGUCUCCAGUUUCUUGGGUCUGAGAGAGGUGGGGAGGUUAUUAUCCCCUGGAAGGCGCAUAUCUGCAGUUUGGGGGUGCUCCUGGAUUUGACACUGUCAUUGGAGGCUCAGGUGAUUUCAUGGCUAGGAGUUCCUUUUCCCAAGUCCAGCUUGACAGCCCCUGUUGAACAGAGAUGACUUGGCCACUGUCCUCUAUGCUUAUAUAAUAAGGGGUCUGAACACUCAUCCCCCACCACCACUUUCUGAACGCGGCCCAGGAGGAAGGAGCAGAACCACUGUAUGACAGUGCCCCCAGCUCCCAGUCCCUCUAGACGGUCCAGAAGGAUGUUAUGGUCAAUGGUAUCAAACACCGCUGAGAGAUCCAGCAGAACUAGGAAACAGCUCUCACCUUUGUCCCUAGCCAGCUGGAGAUCAUUGACCAGUGCGACCAAGGCAGUUUCAGUCCCAUGAUGAGGCCUUAUGUCCUUACAAUUUCAAUCUUGUAGUUUUAAACUGUUGUGACCCACACUCAGACCUUUUCAAAAAGCCUUUGCCUUGCACCUUCUUUACUGCCCCCCCUUUCCCCUAUUGUUAAAUCCACAUUAAAUCUCAGCCUUUAAUAAGCGCCUCUUAAACCCGUCCAUUAAUUCCUUUUUAAUAAGCCUUCCUUAGUCACCCCUUCCAAGGAUUCCUGGCAAGACAAUGGUGUCUCUUGGCUUCAGAAUGGGUUUCAAGGCUGUGCUUGCUGUGGCUGCUGGCUGGCCGGGUGGAGGGGUUCACAAAUUUGGCUCUUGGGAGGGCUCUCACGCCACGCCAAAAGACGCCUUGCCAGAUCUGGUGGAGGAAUGUGCGAUGAUGAUCGCUGCAUCUACUUAGCAGGAAAUCAAAGCGGCGCUUAAUCAUGAAUGGCGUUAUCUUUUUCUGCAAAGUCUGCAGUAUGAUGAAUCACUCGCUUCUAAAUUGAUGGCUGAAUGAAGCUGCCUCUUCGCUUGCUCCCUGGCUAAACCGCCCUUCCAUUCACUUCUCCUUUUUAUAAUGCUGGUAAAUACUGAAUCCCAGUUCCCGAGUACGCUGCUUUAGUGCAUGAGUAGGGCCCAAUAAAUUCCUUUAACAGGGCAAAAUUUUAUUCAACAUGAGGAGGAACGGUUGCAUUGGGAGACGUUUAUAGCUCUCCGACAGCUCCAGAGACAGCGGUGAUUUUAAUUGUUUCCCCCCACAAGAAACAUUAAAACACACUCACUCUCACACACGGUGUCUAUCCUGGGAAUCAGCAAAUUCACAGCCGUUUGCUAACUUCAUGAAGCCCCUCUGGUAAUUUUUCGAGCAUCACCACCAAAUUCCACCCAGGAUGGAACCCAGUGCAAAAUCUGUGGUUCAGUUGGCUCACGGAGUAGUUUACGGUGCAAGCUUGAAGUGAUGGUGCCGCCAUCUUUGCUUAAUUAAGAACCUGCCGUGUCCACAUGUGAAGCAGAGCGGUGAGGUCUGAUUUCAUCUCCCCUCCCCACAGAACUCCAAGAAAGGGGAAGUCUCCAGAUGCUAUGGGCCUCUCCAUCAGCCUCAACUAGCAUGACCAAAAGUCAGGAGUGAUGGCAAUACUAAGCAAGCAACAUCUAAAGGGCCAUGGACUCCUCAGCCCUGCCUUACAUCCCAUAGUCUCUGCUAAGCUGGUUGCUAUGUACUGGAAGAUAUGGGUCAUGGGGGGUAGAGUGUGGGGAGGUCAGGUUGGGGGGAGUGUGGAAUAAUCUGGCCUCCAUCUACAUGCUGCUUGUGAUGUUAACAUUAACCCUCAUCCCCACAAAUGCCCUCUGUUCUAUACAAAAAAUGUGAUUACAUAAAUAUGGGUGCUCCUAGAUUUACAGUGGUACCUUGGGUUACAUACGCUUCAGGUUGCAUACGCUUCAGGUUACAGACUCCGCUAACCCAGAAAUAGUACCUUGGGUUAAGAACUUUGCUUCAGGAUGAGAACAGAAAUUGCGCAGCAGCAGCAGGAGGCCCCAUUAGCUAAAGUGGUGCUUCAGGUUAAGAAUAGUUUCAGGUUAAGAAUGGACCUCCGGAACGAAUUAAGUACUUAAACCGAGGUACCACUGUGUUUGGGUGUCUUCUUCUUCUUCUUCUUCUUCUUCUUCUUCUUCUUCUUCUUCUUCUUCUUCUUCUUCUCUUCCUUCCCUCCCUUCCCCCUAUGGUCCCAGGGUGAGUUACAACAUAAAGAACACAACAUAGGGUUUCAAUCAACAUUGUUGGCAUUGGUCUGUCUCAGGAGACAAUGGAGGAGUGUACCUUUUGGGGGUGGAGUCAAACCAUAGGAGAGAUACAGGAGAGACAUGGUUUGUUGCAGCUGGGGCAGAUGAAGGUGUCCGGUUUUGCUGCUGCAGGUGCACCAUGGUGAAAGGCUUCCCACCUGCACAAACAGGACUUCCGCAUUCUCUUCCCUCUGUGUGCCCCUAAAUCUGUUUUGAGGAUUCCUCCAAACCUCUGGAGCAGAUUCAGAGCCUAUGUGUGCACCGGUGUGUGGGGGACGGGGGACGGGGGAUGAUGACUGUCAGACUACUGCUUGCUUGCCUGGAUGGAGUGAUGUACCUGUGCAGAAACCUCUGGCUUUUGCAAGGUACAAAGGUAAGAAUCUCAUUUUCUGCUCCUCUGACCUCUGCCUCUGUCACCCCUGGAAUAUGGCCCCAGAAGGUUCUCCAUGAAGGAAUGUGGAUCAGUUUUAAGACCUCAAGCAAUAGGCUAAGAUAUGUUCAAUUUGCAUAAUAUAUACAGGAAGUAGAAUUUAGCUUUGUGUGGUGCAGAAUUUGGGUCUCCCAGCUUGGUGCAAAAUUCUGAUUUAUUUAUUUAUCGGUAAGCUCAGAGUGUCCACGGACGUGGCCGUGAGUGACACCGUGAUGGCAGCAGAGUUAAUACAGAGCAGCAAAAUGCUAUAAAAGUGUCAGUCCCAUAGCUACACGAGGCGAAGGAAUCAGCUUUGUUAUCUUGUACAACUGUUCUCUGCAAUAUCCCACAAAUCUCCAGAGAGGCUGAGAUAAGAAAUGGGUUUCUUUGCUGAGGAGCAAUACGGAGAAAAUGUGACAUAUAAUGACAUAUAAUGAUGAGAGGGAAAACGAAAGGCAAGAGCUCUCAGGGUAGGCCUGGACUCGGGAUUUCAGAGGCACGGUAGCCAACAUUUUGAUUAUAAAAAUUCUGGCUGAUGGGUAGGGUUAGGAGAUGGAGCCCUAGCAGAUGCUGAGUAAGGGUGGGAGCCGAAGGGCCACAUUCACUUCUGGAAAACUGUCUGGGGGCCAUAAGCAAAUGGUGGGUAGGGCCAGAGGUGCAAAUGGGUGGAGCAAUGAAUUGCAAAUUCUGCCUGGUUGCUUUUGCACACAGAACUCUCCAUCCUCCUUCCCGGCAAGUAAGGAUGCCAUAUUUCUACAAAAUCAUUUGUAUUAUUCGGUGCACGUAACUUUGUUCAUUUUUCUGAUACAGCAAUAGACCAUACAUUCCGUUUCCAAUGAGACAUACACAGAUGUUCCAAUCCUUUCCAGUUCUGUACCAAUCUCCAGUAGGUGUGCUGCUCCCAAAAGAAAAGUAAUUAGUUCUUUAUAACAAAGGUCAGAUUGGAUUGCGCUUCUUUAAAAAUAGUUAAUAUUUCUGAAACUUGGGGCACAUUCCACAUGUUGACCCAUAACAUACCUUAUUUCUGUAACACCCUCUACCAAAAGGGCUUUAUAUGUCGACGUGUCCCCCACAUGUGAAAUGUUGUACCUAUACUAUUGCAGGCUCUCCAGCCCAACAGUAGUGGCAGUUUUAUUAAUAUAAAUACAGUCAUACCUCUGGUUACAGAUGCUUCAGGUUGCGUUUUUUUGAGUUAUGGACCACCGAAACCCGGAAGUACCGGAACGGGUUACUUCCGGGUUUCGGUGGUUGCGCAUGCACAGAAGUGCUAAAUUGUGCUUUGCGCAUGCACAGAAGCGCUGAAUCGCAACCCGAGUGUGCGCAGAUGCGCCACUACGGGUUGCAAACGUGCACCCCGCACGGAUCAUGUUCACAACCUGAGCGUCCACUGGACACCGUAAUGGCGUCAAAUGAGAACCGAUUGCUUCAAGCCAGGUUAAGAUAGCUCCGUCUCCUCCUAUGCUGCUGUUGCUGUACUAGCUCCUUAUGAAUACAAACUAUAGCAUUGCAAGGUUUUGCAGCAGCCUUCCUAGAACGCCUCCAUUAUUCCUAGGAAAACGUACUUGCUGUCUCUGUGGGCACAAUGAGAAGACAGCCACCUACCAAGCAAUGAUCAUGAUAUUUAGCAUUUGUUUAAUGCUGGUCAAAUCACGAAAUCACUCAGCUUUCAUUAUCUCAGUAAGGCUGCAAUUCUAAGCAUAUUUACUUGGAUAGACAUCGUGUCAUAUAUUUAACCACUCUUAGGGCUAGGCCGUAAGGUUCACCGGAGCCCUCCUAGGAAGCUGAGUAUCCCCAUACAGUGGUGCUUCAGGUUAAGAACUUAGUUCAUUCUGGAGGUCUGUUCUUAACCUGAAACUGUUCUUAACCUGAAGCACCACUUUAGCUAAUGGGGCCUCCCGCUGCUGCCGGAGCACGAUUUCUGUUCUCACCCUGAAGCAAAGUUCUUAACCCAAGGUACUAUUUCUGGGUUAGCGGAGUCUGUAACCUGAAGCAUCUGUAACCCGAGGUACCACUGUAUUGCAGAUGGGGGCUGAGACCGGGAGAUUAAUGGUUUGCCUAAUGCUGCCAAGGGACGUGGGUGGCGCUGUGGGUUAAAUCACAGAGCCUAGGGCUUGCCGAUCAGAAGGACGGCGGUUCGAAUCCCCGCGACGGGGUGAGCUCCCGUUGCUCGGUCCCUGCUCCUGCCAACCUAGCAGUUCGAAAGCAUGCCAGUGCAAGUAGAUAAAUAGGUGGGAAGGUAAACAGUGUUUCCGUGCACUGCUCUGGUUUGUCAGAAGCGGCUUGGUCAUGCUGGCCACAUGACCCGGAAGCUAUUCACCGGCUCCCUCGGCCAAUAAAGCAAGAUGAGCACCGCAACCCCAGAGUCGUCCACGACUGGACCUACAGAUGGUCAGGGGUCCCUUUACUUUUACCUUUUAAUGCUGCCAAAGAAGGGGUUACUACAGCAGAGAGCUGUGGGAACCCACUUAAUUGACAACCUAUACCAAACCACUUAUCUCUCAGCCUUAGGUCCCAUUUGCAAUGGAAGGGGGUUUCUACAGCUCUCUGCUGUAGUAACCCCUAGUAUCAGAUACAGUGGUACCUCGGCUUACAGACGCUUCAGGUUACAAACGCUUCAGGUUACAGACUCCACUAACCCAGAAAUAGUACCUCGGGUUAAGAACGUUGCUUCAGGAUGAGAACAGAAAUCGUGCUCCGGUGGCAGCGGGAGGCCCCAUUAGCUAAAGUGUUACCUCGGGUUAAGAACAGUUUCAAGUUAAGAACGGACCUCCGGAACGAAUUAAGUUCUUAACCUGAGGUACCACUGUAUAUAGUUGCACCAGGGAGAGAACGUUUUGGAAACAGGGUUUCAUGCUCACUACCAACCCAUUGUGUCUUUUUUGUUGCCCCCCCAAAAGUCUAGGGGUACAAAUCUAGCUUAACACAACAGAGAUUUCCCAAAAUAGCAAGACCAUGUUGCUUCUUGCCAACGUUGUCAUAGAAGCAGCGCAUCCUCAUAAUCUGCCAUUUCAUGAUCUUCUUCCCCCCGCCCCUUGGAAACUCUUGUGCUUAUCUGCAAGCCUUUUUAGAACGGUGACCUCAUUCAGUCCCAUCAUAAGGUCAGAGGCAACGUUGAGAACUAUUUGAAAAUGAAAGAUAAGGUGCAGCUUGCCUUACCUGAGCCGAUAAAUGUGCAAUGCGGCCAUCAUCUAUCUUACCCGUUACUGUCUUUUUGGAGAAGCUGAACUCUAAUUCACCCUUGGCGUCAGCCCUUUUCGGGAUCUUGGGCAGAUCUGCGUCUUCUCUUCUACUCCUACCAUUUAAAAACUUCCUGCAAAGUCUGGAAUAAGCUCUUAAGUUUGCAACAAACUGUCGGUGGAAGCAACAGUUUGAUUUCUGGAUGCUCUGUGGCCAUUGCUGUCCACUGCUAGUUGUUGAGGGGCAAUGUGAACCCUCCAUCACCACCUUGUUGUUGUUGUUUAGUCGUUUAGUUGUGUCUGACUCUUCGUGACCCCAUGGACCAGAGCGCGCCAGGCACACCUGUCUUCCACUGCCUCCCGCAGUUUGGUCAAACUCAUGCUGGUAGCUUCGAGAACACUGUCCAACCAUCUCGUCCUCUGUCAUCCCCUUCUCCUUGUGCCCUCCAUCUUUCCCAACAUCAGGGUCUUUUCCAGGGAGUCUUCUCUUCUCAUGAGGUGGCCAAAGUAUUGGAGCCUCAGCUUCACGAUCUCUCCUUCCAGUGAGCACUCAGGGCUGAUUUCCUUAAGAAUGGAUCAGUUUGAUCUUCUUGCAGUCCAUGGGACUCUCAAGGGUCUCCUCCAGCACCAGAAUUCAAAAGCAUCAAUUCUUCAGUGAUCAGCCUUCUUUAUGGUCCAGCUUUCACUUCCAUACAAACCAAAUUUGGAGAGGGGAGCCCACCCAAGAGACAAAUUCAACAGAUUCAUGGAUGAGAGGGCUAUCAGACAGCCACAACCCACGAUGCCUUUGCUCUGACUCCACAGCUGGAAGGAGCAAUGCUUCUGAAUACCAUUUGCUGGAAACCCCAGGAUCCUGCUUGUGAGCUCCCUACAGGCACCUAGUAUGUGGGUGGCGCUGUGGUCUAAACCACUAAGCCUCUUGGGCUUGCCGAUCAGAAGGUCAGCAGUUUGAAUCCCCGCGACGGGGUGAGCUCCUGUUGCUCUUUCCCAGCUCCUGUGAACCUAGCAGUUCGAAAGCACACCAGUGCAAGUGGAUAAAUAGGUACUGCUGCAGUGGGAAGGUAAACAGUGUUUCCGUGUGCUCUGGUUUCCGUCCCGGUGUUCCAUUGCACCAGAAGCAGUUUAGUCAUGCUGGCUACAUGAGCCGGAAAGCUGUCUGUGGACAAACGCUGGCACUCUCGGCCUGAAAAGUGAGAUGAGCACCCCAACCCCAUAGUCGCCUUUGAGUGGACUUAACCAUCCAGGGGUCCUUUACCUUUCCCCCCUUUUUUUUACCUACUGAGUGUUGGGUGCAUUAUUAUUCCAGGGCAUUCUUGGAAAUUAAAAAUGGCAGCUUUCCGGGUCAUGUGGCCAGCGUGACUAAACCGCUUCUGGCGCAACGGGACACCAUGAUGGAAACCAGAGUGCACAGAAAUGCCGUUUACCUUCCUGCUGCAGUGGUACCUAUUUAUCUACUUGCACUGGUGUGCUUUGAACUGCUAGGUUGGCAGGAGCUGGGACAGAGCAACAGGAGCUCACCCCGUUGCGUGGAUUUGAAUUGCUGGCCUUCUGAUCAGCAAGCCCAAGAGGCUCAGUGGUUUAGACCACAGCGCCAACCGUGUCCCUACACUCAGUGGACCAGGGGUUGAGAACUUUAUUAUAUCCAGGGCUUUUUUUUCAGCCAGAACUCAUCAGAACUCUGUUCCGGUUCCUCUCAGGUGGGCACCAUUAUAAGAGAACAAGGGAGGCAUUCAUGGUGAGUUGCGGCACCUCUUUUUCUAGAAAAAUUACACCCAAGAUGAGGCCUGGUUUGGUUUUUGCCUGAGCAUAACUAGCAAUCACUAAGAAACAGAACAAAAAGGAAGAAAGAAACUAAACUAAAACAACUGCUUUGCCCCUCAGGGGCUGUGUUAAAAUUACUCAACUGUACAGUUAGGGAGCAUCUUCAAGUUCCCAAAUGUCCCCAAACAGCUCUAAUAUAACAACUACAGAGAUGGUAAGACUUAGUGUUCAGGGAGCAUAGAAUCUGUGUACAGUCAUACCUCAUGUUACGUUUGCUUCAUGAUACGUUUAUUCUGGUUGUGUCCCGCGGCGACCCGGAAGUACUGGAACGGGUUACUUCCGGGUUUCGCCGCUGGCGCAUGCGCAGAAGCACUAAAUCGUGCCGCGCACCUGUGCAGAUACGGCGCUUCAGGUUGCGGGCUUUUCAUGUUGCGAAUGGGCCUCUGUGUGGUGUAGCGGUUAAGAGCGAUAGACUCGUAAUCUGGUGAACCGGGUUCGAUUCCGUGCUCCUCCACAUGCAGCUGCUGGGUGACCUUGGGCCAGUCACACUUCUCUGAAGUUUCUCAGCCUCACUCACCUCACAGAGUGUUUGUUGUGGGGGAGGAAGGGAAAAGGAGAUUGUUAGCCGCUUUGAGACUCCUUCAGGUAGUGAUAAAGCGGGAUAUCAAAUCCAAACUCUUCUACCACUGUACCUGUGUAUACAAAAAGUUGAACUGUACACAUCAAUAAUGGUACACUCUUUAACACAAAUGCUUGUGCAAAUAUACAGGCAGCUUGUACCUGUAUUCAUUGUAAUGUGGAAAAAAGCUUUAGGGUAUGAGGAAGGACAUUUUAGGUGUGCUUGGGGGGAGGAUAACGUGCCCCCUUUGCCACAUUUUAAUGGUGUCCACCAGCAAAGGCUGCCAUGUCCCCCUCAUCCCAGGAAAAAAACAAAACACCAUGAUCUUCUCACUCUCUCCUCUGGGCCCCUGGGGCCGCAUAACUUCAUACCCUCCAACAUUUCUCUGAUAAAAAUAGGGAUGUCCUCAGGAAAAGUGGGACAUUCUGGGGUCAAAUCAGAUACUGGAACAGUUUCUGUAAAUCCGGGACUGUCCCUGGAAAAUAGGGAGACUUGUAGGGUCUAGUAUUGCAAUGGUUGCUGAGAUAUGAAAUCCUUGGAACGUGCAUAUAGCUCUGCGUUAACAGUAACAACAACAACAACAACAACAACAACAUGAGUGGAAGUCCUUUUGGAUCCCAGCCUAUGCUUGGUACAAAUAGAUUUGGUGUUGAGCUUCCAAAGGCAUUUGCUGUGUUGACUGCGAUUGACUCAGGCCUUAAUGCCACAUAAGGGAUAUUCUGAUAGAAACACUUUUCAUAGUUAUGUUUUAUAACACAAGUGAAAGGCAAAUCAGACCUGGCUUGUUCCUUGCCAGGACACAGAGACCCGCCCCCCGCUCAAAGCCAUGUUGGUGCAUGAAGUUAACACACUGACCUUUGGAAGCCUGUCCUUGUGCGACCCCCACACAAUCUCCAUUUCUCUUCCCCUAGCCAGAGCUCUGUGGGAAGUUGAAUGUGCUGUGAGCUUAAUAAAGCACUUACUCAACUAGACUUGCAGCCAUGGUGCAAUGUGAGAAGUUAGGGUGCCCUAAAGCAGAGGAAGAGUGACGCGGGUGGUGCUGUGGGUUAAACCACAGAGCCUAGGGCUUGCCAAUCAGAAGGUCGGCGGUUCGAAUCCCUGCGACGGGGUGAGCUCCCAUUGCUCAGUCCCUGCUCCUGCCAACCAAGCAGUUUGAAAGCAUGUCAAAGUGCAAGUAGAUCCGCUCCGGCGGGAAGGUAAAUGGCGUUUCCGUGCGCUGCUCUGGUUCACCAGAAGCGGCUUAGUCAUGCUGGCCACAUGACCCGGAAGCUGUACGCCGGCUCCCUCAGCCAAUAAAGCGAGAUAAGCACCGCAACCCCAGAAUCGGCCAUGACUGGACCUAAUGGUAGGGGUCCCUUUAAAGCAGUGGAAAUGCAGUUCUUAAAAAAAGGCAUUAAAUGUGCAUAUGCUUAUACAGUAUAAAGGUAAAGGUAAAGGGACCCCUGACCAUUAGGUCCAGUUGUGGCCAACUCUGGGGUUGUGGCGCUCAGAGACCUUUAGAGACUGAGCACGCAAGCUAGCAGAGAUAAGAACUCUUUGCAACAGAAGUAGCGGACAGAGGCAUAUGUAAGCCUAUUUACAAGCAUUUAUUCAGCAUCAGGACAAAGGAAAAACAUGUCUGCUUCCCUUCGUGUCCAAGCAAACAGCAAUAGGCAAAAGCUAUUGUCAGGGAACUGACAUCGGAGCGAGAGGUGAAGGGGAGGCUCCUAGAUGAUGCUGGCGAAGGACCCAGCAGCAGGGGGAGAAACAGCUCAGUAGAGGGGGAAGCAAAUCAGCGCAACACCAGGGAUAAGGGAGGGCAGAUGGGGGAAUCGGAGAGAGGGCUCCAGGACUCUUCACUGGACCUCAGUGAGGAGGGGACAGGUCCUCCGCUACCCACGCCCUCCCUGCGCAGAAGACUCCCACGCAGUGAGAGGAGGAGGAGACUGGCUGUCAAACAACUUUUAUGUUGGAAGAGGUUCAAGACACGCCCACUGACGGAUUCUGCCAGCGACUGAGGCAGCCACGAUGAGAAAGGGCUGUGCAGUCAGAAAGGUUUAACAAGGCAAAUUAGCCUAGACAGGCACCAGUUUACACACGAGUAACUCAUACUCAUUACAGCUAUAUACAACGGAAGUUCCCAGCAGACUGUGCUGGAAGUAAACAGACAUGUGGCAUGCAACAACUCCACAUGCCUGUUCUAAAGGUGGAACGGAACUAUACUCUAACAACCCCAAGGAAAAGUCCAUAUCCACUGUCUUGUGGGACAUCUUUGGGAGAAGAAAGGGCCGACACAAAUCCAGACUGCAGUGGUGGUCGGAUGGCACCUUGUAUGCCUUCUUCCGGCAAUUCCUGCAGCCACAUUGGUGCCAGACUUUAUCUCUGCUUUCCUUUGGCUCACAUCAGCAACACCAACAGUGGGGUCUUGUUUUCCGGGCAUCCCAGGACCCACAGACACACUGCCCAGGGUUUGCACCCCAGGGAGGUCCAUUUGGUGCUGCUAGCACAGCAAUUUGACUUCACCCCUCGAGGUGUACGCCAUUCUCUCUUGAGACAGACAGAUGCCAAGAACCACCAUUAUAUGCUUAGGUACGGAUUUAGAACAAAUUGCUCUAAGGUGAAUAAAAGUACAGUGCAUGUCAGCAUAGAGGGGACAGGACUGAGGCCAGGUGACCUGUGUGUGUCUGCUCAGUCUGCUGCCCAGCUGUUUGUCCUGGUUGGUGGACAACUUCAAUCUCCCCUCUAGCGGUUCUUUAUCUUGAAACUGGACUUGCUUUGAACAGAGCACUUCUAAGAAGUCCUCUGUGCAAAGCACGUCCACUUUAAAGGACCAAGUCCAGGUUAAAGUCCACUGUUCUAAGGAGGGCUGUUCCUCUGAUAGCCAUUCAAAGAGAGGACUGUGCUGCGCAAGGUAGGGCUGCCUACCAUCUCCUCAUUUUUCUUGUAGGUCCCACUUUUCCUUAGGCCCUUCUUUCCCACUUCCUCUUUCAACUCAGGCUCAGAUUGACACUCGAGCUGCAGAUCUGACCUUUGAAAAGUAUAAAAGAUUUAGUAGCUGGAGGAAAAGGGGGAGAAAUCUGGGAUAUUGGGGGGGAGAAUGAGGGUGGUGCCCAAAUACGCCCCCCCCGUACCCAAAGAGGCUGCUUACCCUAUAGCUCACCCUUUUCGAAAGUCAUUUAGACCAUCACAUCAUCUUGUAUCUAUGAAUUCUUGUGGGUCAUGUCGGGGCAAAUGUUUGGGCUGCUUGCCAAGCAGUAUCUCCAUUGCUGCAAAGGUGCCACAUCCUAUCCAUCACAUCUUGCUUUUUCCCCACUAAGCACCAGCCAUUGCAGGAGGAGGGCUCCAGAAACUGAAUGCCGAGUUCCGACAAAUGGUGCAGCAAUAUAAAAAUCGGAUUAGCUCCAUCGGAUAAAUGCCUCUGUGGUUUGGGAGCUCAGUAUCUCCUCUCUCUGGCUGCUGCUCUUCAGCUAGUCUAACUCCAAGGAAUUUGCCAGAGAGCUUUUCACUUUAUUAUUAUUAUUAUUAUUAAGAAAAUAUCAAGAGCAGGUUUUUGCCCUCCAGCUACGUCCUAGUAGUGAAUCUAAAUUGGGGCUGAAACCAUUAAUGCAUUUUAGCACAGCCCUCAGGUAAAGAGGAGUUCUGAGGUGCAGCUCUAAGCAGGGAAAUGGCGCACUGGAACAGCCCAAACAGAAAUCAUGAUUGACCUUGGACAGAGUUGUCCCUGAUAUGCAAACCAUAGCAUUUGAUUCAGUGCUGUGCAUUCUUGCUUGAGUUUUGUGAAAGGAAAGUACCAGCGGGGCAUGCUGUUGAGUUUUGAGUGAAACUUGUACAGUGGUACCUUGGGUUAAGAACAUAAUUUGUUCUGGAGGUCUGUUCUUAACCUGAAACUGUUCUUAACCUGCAGCACCACUUUAGCUAAUGGGCCUCCUGCUGCCGCUGCGCUGCUGCUGUGUGAUUUCUGUUCUCAUCCUGAAGCAAAGUUCUUAACUCGAGGUACUAUUUCUGGGUUAGUGGAGUCUAACCUGAAGCGUAUGUAACCUGAAGCAUCUGUAACCCAAGGUACCACUGUAAUUAACUUGCAAGAGGAAGCCAACUGUUUAGUCCAGGAAGGGAGAACCCAUGGAUGGCCCUGUAGAUGUUGUUAGACUACAACUCCCAUCUUCCCUCAGCAUUGUCCAUGCUGGCUGGGCCUGAUGGGAGGUGGAGUCCAACAACAACUGGAGGUCAAUUGGCUCCCCCUCCAUGGCGUAGACACAAUCAUAUAAGGAUGCUCGACUGCUUUGAAGAGGGAGAUAAGACAGGGUAACAGGAGAGAGCCAGCAGCAAAUCACACUGUGUAAAUGGGAGUUAACUAUUUAUUAGCAAAAGCAGAAUCUGAACAGGAGUGUCAGGCAUCUCAUCUCCUGCAAACAGUUCCCCCACCCCAAGCAAUCUGAGACUAUGCCUGUGUGAAGCUAACUUCUCCUCUGCCCUCUUCAUGGCACUCCUGUUUCUCGGCGACCAGGCGGAUGGAAACUUCUUGCAUCAAGAGGGGAGAAACCUGUGAUUUUUCACCAGCCUGACUCACCUCUGCCUCUUGGCAUUCUUCCUAUCCUCCUUCAGCUUCUGCCUCUGAUUCUAGACUUCUCUCUGCCACAGACUCCCCACCCCCCGCUUACUAAGCCCUGUUUCCUGUUCUGACAUCUCCUCCCACUCUUCUCUCUCUCUUCUCCAUUUGACUACACAUUGUCACCCCACAACCAAUCCCCUGGCUCUGAGCUUUCUUCCCUUAGGGAUUCCCCAGCCGGUUUCUCCCACCAUUCUUCUGGGCCCAACCAGUCCAUGACACAGGGAUGGGUAACCUGUGAGGCUCUCCAGAAGUUGUUGGUCUCCAAGUACCACCAGCCCUAGACAUCAUGGUUGGCAAGCCCAAGAGGCUCAGUGGUUUAGACCACAGCGCCACCCGCGCCCUACCUUUACCAUUACCUUGCCUUAACUAACUGCAGUGCUCAAAUGCUACCUCUUAGUCAACAACCAUCUCCUGUUUUCCCCCCAGCUCCCUCCUGACCACCAACUUCUGUGAGGCAUGGAGCAGGCAUGCAAACUCUAUAGGGCAGUGGAGCCCCCUCAAUAUCUGUUGCCAGGGUGCUUGGCCCCCUCAAUGGUAAGGGGGCGGAGGAGGCUAAGUGCAGAGCCAAGUGUGGCAUGGGCUCCUCCUGAGCACACGAGAGAAGCCACUGGCCAUUGAAGCCAUGCGGCACUGGGGUUUGCACUUGGCUUCCUCCAGAUGAUGUCACAUCACAUGCAUGACGUCACACAUGUGCGAUGUGCAUCGGGCGCAUGACUUCAUGCAUGCACACUGCAUGCGAGGCCCCCUCAAUCUUGGGUGCAAGAAGGCAUCUCUGACAACGAGACAUGUCUUCCUCACCCAAGAUCCCCUUUUAAGAUGAGCAAUCCAAUGAUCAUCAAAUAUUUUAGCUGUCUCUCCCUUUAUUGUAGUUAUUUAACAACCUGCUCUUCAGUCUCACAGGGACUCAUAAAUUGCCUCACAACAGCCAGAGAUCACAACGAAAGAGGCUACAUCAAUAAAACAAUAAAACAGAUUAAACCCACAGAGCAGACACAAUCCUCGGUGAAUAAACAAAGCAGACUGACAGUGCAAAUCUUCCUUCCAUCUACAAGUUGUUGUUGUUGUUGUUUAGUAGUGUCCGACUCUUUGUGACCCCAUGGACCAGAGCACGCCAGGCACUCCUGUCUUCCACUGCCUCCCACAGUUUGGUCAAACUCAUGCUGGUAGUUUCGAGAACACUGUCCAACCAUCUCGUCCUCUGUGGUCCCCUUCUCCUUGUGCCCUCCAUCUUUCCCAACAUCAGGGUCUUUUCCAGGGAGUCUUCUCUUCUCAUGAAGUGGCCAAAAUAUUGGAGCCUCAGCUUCAGGAUCUGUCCUUCCAGUGAGCACUCAGGGCUGAUUUCCUUCAGAAUGGAUAGGUUUGAUCUUCUUGCAGUCCAUGGGACUCUCAAGAGUCUCCUCCAGCACCAUAAUUCAAAAGCAUCAAUUCUUCGGCAAUCAGCCUUCUUUGUGGUCCAGCUCUCACUUCCAUACAUCACUGCUAGUAAAACCAUAGCUUUAACUAUACGGACCUUUGUCGGCAAGGUGGUGUCUCUGCUUUUUAAGAUGCUGUCUAGCUUUAUCAUCGCUUUUCUCCCAAGAAGCAGGCGUCUUUUAAUUUUGUGACUGCUGUCACCAUCUGCAGACAUCACGGAGCCCAAGAAGUUAGUCCCCAUUCAAAGAGGACUUACUCUUGUGUAAGGUGGUAGAGCAGCCUUUGCAAGCUGGUGUCCUCCAGAAGUUCUGUCAGUCAGCACUGCCUCCUUGCUGGGAUGGGAGGGGGAUGGUUGGUGGGAACUGUUGUCUAAAACAUCAGGAGGGCAGCAGGUUGACAAAGGUUGGGUUAUAGGGUUGCAGCCUCUAAACUACACACAAAAAAUGUUGACAAAUGAAAAGCUGCUGAAAGAGACAUCAAACCUGGUAUUUCUGGGAAGAGCAUUUCAAGAGGAGGGUGCCACCACCGAAAAGGCCCUACCCCAGAUUGAGUGCUGAGGAUGAUCUUAGCACUCAGGCAGAUUUGUAUAGGCCAGGAGUAGCCCUUCAGAUGCCAUUGGACUACAACUCCCAUCAUCCCUGACCAUUGGCCGUUCUGGCUGGUGCUGGUGGGAGUUGUAGCCCAACAACAUCUGGAAGACACCAUAUUAGGCAUCCCUGAUUAGGAGAAGGCAGUUCUUUAAAGUCCUCAGAGAUCCAUGUCGAGAUGGGGAAGAGGGGAGGUACUUCAGCUAUAAUGUAGAAGCUCCCAGGUUUCUCCCAUCUGUGAAGGCAUUACAGAUUGACUGAGCUGGUGGAGAGAAGCAGAAGGUCAGGAGAGACCUUCUUAUUUAAAAGAACAAUGCCAAGGACCCAGAGAGACGCAGGGAAAUAAUUGUAAUUAUAUAUUAAAUAUAUAAAGGUAUUUAAAAUAUAUUAAGCAGUAUAGAAAUUAAAUACUCAAAAUAAUCAAUGGUUGUUCCAUCUUAGGCCAGGUCACAUGUUGUAGAAGUUCUGAACACCAUCUUCUGUGGCUAUCCCCAGGUACGCAUUCCCACUAAGACCAUAAGUGUGCGCGAACAAUGCUCUCCAUCAAUAUAGCUCCGUUUCCUUGAUAAUGAUGCGCAAGACUUCAACGCCUGGGAAAAAAUGUGUCUCUGUGCUUGUGGGAAUUGCCAGCGGGAAGCUACGGCUCUAACCACAGAGGCUUAGUUUACAUGCUACAAAACUUCGCACAAAUGAGUCCUCAGAGGCAGUAGGGAGCCCAUCCUAUUGGGUCCUUUUUGUGGUGACUGAUUUGGCCGAAAGGGAAACUGAAGUCCAGCACAACCGGGAAAGGAGGUGGUGCAGGGCUUAGCAAACUUUUUCAGCAGGGGGCUGGUCCACUGUUCCUCAGACCAUGUGGGGGGCCGGACUAUAUUUUGAAAAAAAAGAAUGAACGAAUUCCUAUGCCCCACAAAUAACCCAGAGAUGCAUUUUAAAUAAAAGGACACAUUCUGCUCAUGUAAAAACAUGCUGAUUCCUGGACCAUCUGCGGGCCGGAUUUAGAAGGCGAUUGGGCCGGAUCCGGCCCCCAGGCCUUAGUUUGCCUACCCAUGAGGUACAGCUUGCUCACUUAGGGUGGGGAUCUUGUAUCAAGGUAAUAGGAGAUCAGGAGGUGGAGGAGGACCCAGUUUUGAAUCCCUGACACCUCCAGGUAAAAUGCCUGGGAAAGCAACCUGAGGACUUGGGAGAAGUGUUGGCAGAGACAGUUCUGGGCUAAGGAGACCAAUGAUUUGAUUCACUGCAAAACAACACCAAACCUCUGGUUACGUGAAACAUAUUCAAUAAACACACGAGACGUAACCGGCUGUACGUUUGAAAAAAUAAUAUAUACUAUUCAUUGUAUUGAAUUGUAGAUUUCAACAGAAGCUGCUCAUAAAGUUCAACGAAAAAAGUAGAAGACCCAGUGGAUCAGUUCAUUCUUUAAUCGGUUUAUGCAUAAGGUCCAUAUAUGUGAAAGUGUCUAUUCCACCUGUCUGUUCAUAGAGUCCAACAAUCCACACGAAAGGUUGUUACAGUUCCACAGAAUCCUUUCACAGAGUCUAAGACAAGGAUUUCCGGAAUAUUAGCCUUGUUUCGCUGUCUUGGGCUUCAUCAGUACAGUGGUACCUCAAGUUACAUACGCUUCAGGUUACAUAUGCUUCAGGUUACAGACUCCGCUAACCCAGAAAUAGUGCUUCAGGUUAAGAACUUUGCUUCAGGAUGAGAACAGAAAUCAUGCUCUGGUGGCGUGGCGGUAGCAGGAGGCCCCAUUAGCUAAAGUGGUGCUUCAGGUUAAGAGCAGUUACAGAUUAAGUACGGACCUCCGGAAUGAAUUAAGUACUUAACCUGAGGUACCACUGUAGUACAAACUCAAGGUAAUGCAAAUAAAUACAAUAUCGUAAUCUCACACAUUUUCACAGCAAAAUUAAUAUAAAAACUGUCAACAACCACAGGACAGUGGAUCUUAUAACAUAGUAGUAGCUGCUGUAAGCAUCAACUUUUACAGAGUAGAGUUAUAAGGACAAGCACAAUAUUGAUUCAAGUAACAGGUGAAUGAACAUUAGGAAGAAAUUUCUGACAGUAAGAACAGUGGAAAGGACUAUCUUGGAAGGAGGUGGACUUUACUGCCUUGGAGGUUAUUAAGCAGAGGUUGGUGGGGGCAUUUGUCACCUAUUCUUUAGCUGUGAUUCUUGGCACUCCAGGCAGGAAAACUACAUGACUUUUGUGGUAUCUUCCAACUCCAGAGUUCUAUGAUUCCAAGUUCUGCAUCUUGAUGUUCCAAUCCUUGGUCUAAGGAGCCUUGCACUGACCAGCAAACUUCCUCCCCCUGUUUUUAAAACCCACACCUGACUUUGUGGUUGUCGAAACUUUUCCUUGGCUCUUUUCUCGAUUGCCCUGAGAUAUUAGGGCGUGGUUUUACCAGAUUGCUUGCUCUUGGUCUAGGUUUAGUUCCCUUUUGAAGCUCCCCCGAUAACAUCUGAUUGUUUGGCAGGAGCAAAAUCGAGCCACGAAUAUGAAGCCCCUUUUGAAAAUUCCCAGCCUUAAGUUACGGCUGCCUGUGUGGCCUUCCUCAAGAGAGAGUAAUUGAAGAAGGGAGCCCUGAAUGGAGAGGGGACUUUGGGAGGGAGGGAGACGACAAAGCCUUCUCUGUUGGGAAAUUUGGGGGAGGGGGGAGCUUUCCAACAAAGGUUUGGAAAGCAAAAAUGGCAUUUGGCUUUGCAGGAAAAAGAAGAAUGCAGUCGCAAGGUGCCUUAAUUGGCUUCCGACUCCUGGUGACAAUGCGGGAGGGCUGUAGCUCAGUGACAGAGCUUGCAGAAGGUCCCAGCAUCAGACUGGCAUCUCCUGGCAGGCCUGGUAGAGACUCCAGACCGAAACCCUGGAGAGCAUCUACCUACCUGUCAGUGUAGACCAGAGUUUUCCAAUUUGCAUGGUGAGUUCCCGCCCCCCUACCCAGUGGAAAUAAAGACACGUGACACAAUUAUUAAGGUUAAUGGGCUAAAUAAGGCCACAACUUUAUUGGUUACAGGUGAUGAGCAGUAUUGGCUUAGGCAUUGGUCCUAACCAACUAUCCAGCUUCAGCCCGUCCGCUUGAAGUCUGGGAAGGGUUAACCACCAGUUGGGGGAGUCCUGCUGAUGCACAUCAACUAGGAACUCCCCCGGGGUCACCGUUAGGGGGCGUGCCUUAGGCCCUCACCUCCAUAGGCUUCGGACAGGGCCACGCCCCCUGGAAUCCUUUAUCGGAGUACACUUCAAUAUGCGGGGCAGGUGAUGGCGCUUCCUCCCCUCUUCAAUCUACAGUACUAUACCAAUGCCUAACCGCCAAUACCAAGGAAGUUGUGACGAUUUGCUACGAGGUAGGUGAAAAACCAAGUGGCUGGUGCCAAUUUGCCAAGUGGAAAAAAUUCCUACCAGGCCCCUUAACGGCGACCAACCGGUGACCAUAGCAAGGUCAAAAGCCUUAAAGGGCGGGAGAGUGGGAAACAGGAGCAGCUGGAGGUGGCAAAAGAGGGAGAUCCCCCGGCCGCGCCAGCGUUAAAUAGGGCAGGCCACACCCCCUGAGCCAGCCGAUUGGCUGUCCAGGGUAUGACGCGGCCGGGGAUUCCCUCAAUCAUGUGGAGGCUGAGAGCCAGCCACCGCGCACGUGGUGGGGGGCGUGAAGCCCGCAACCCCACCUCCUCUUAAGGCAGAAGUGGCUUUGUGAGUCACAACCCACAAGUGGGCUGUGAAGCCUGGGUGUGUGGGUUGCGGGCUUUGUGAGUGAACCCCAAACAAUCAACUGUCAUGAUGAAUGCCUCUUGCAACUUAUUGCUUUCUCGACACAUUGCAAUAUGGUAUUGCGUUGACACUUGCAAACCAAAUGUCAGAAAGGCUCGAGUCUUACAUUCUAACACGUGAAAACUGGUGUUUUCUAGUGGCUGGGGGCAGAGGCCUAAGGUCCAAAAGUCACGGGUCAAUAACAUUCCCACGCUCUCAGAGUUAAGGAAAUCCGUAGCAGUGGCAAGCAGUCGUUCAGCCGCAACUGCUGAGUACCGUUGCUACAUUUCAGACCAGAGUGUAGGAUUUCUCCAAUGCGCUAUAUCGAAAGUGUACAUAAAUGCCAACAGAAAGGUCACAUGUGGCAGCUCUAAGCCUUUGCAAAAUAUCAAGUAAAGAUUCUUCCUCCUCCACUGCAAAAUCAACAAUGACACAGAAUUUGGAAUUCCUGCAGUCUUGCUCUCGGCUUCUAAGUAGGGAAGGGAACGAGGAAAUUGGGAGGGGAUGUGUCAGAUCUUAGGUCUGUGAGCCGUUAGCAGGGCUGAUAUUUAUUUAUUUAUUUAUUUAUUUAUUUAUUUAUUUAUUUAUUCAAACAAACAAAAACAAACUCAAACCCAGUGUGAAAAGCAGUUUUGGUGUAGGAUCCGAUCACAUGCCAGCAAAUUCAGGCUGAUUUGCAGCUCUUAAGCAGCAAAACCAUUUCCCCCAAACCCAGACAUUUUGCUGUAAGGAAAAUGAUGAAGAAAUGCAUUCAAAAAUGUGAACAAUUGCUUGACACAUUGGCAUCUAACAACAACAUCAACAAUUUAUUACCUAUACCCCGCCCAUCUGGCUGGGUUUCCCCAGCUACUCUGGGCGGCUCCCAACAGAAUACUAAAAGCAUGAUAAAACAUCAAACAUUAAAAACGUCCCUGAACAGGUCUGCCUUCAGAUGUCUUCUAAAUGUCAGGUGGUUGUUUAUCUCUUUGACAUUUGAUGGGAGGGCAUUCCACAGGGCAGUAGUCUGUUAAACAUUAAAAGCUUCCCUAAACGGGGCUGCCUUCAGAUGUCUUCUAAAAGUCUGGUCGUUGUUGUUCUCUUUGACAUCUGGUGGGAGGGCGUUCCACAGGGCAGGUGCCACUACCGAGAAGGCCCUCUACUUGGUUCCCUGUAACUUGACUUCUCACAGUGAGGGAACCACCAGAAGGCCCUCAGAGCUGGACCUCAGUGUCUGGGCAGAACGAUGGGGGUGGAGAUGCUACUUCAGGUAUACUGGACCAAGGCCGUUUAGGGCUUUAAAGGUCAGCACCAGCACUUUGAAUUGUGCUCGGAAAUGUAUCUAACCUCCAAGCAAACAAAUAGCACCUAGAGGGCACGAGGUUGGUGACCGUUGCCUUGCAAGAAGCACUAUCUGAAGGGGUGCUUCAGAAGGCCAGAGAGCCGAGUAAUUCAAUAGCCAUUAGCAGUGAUCUCAGGAGGGGAUUGCAGGCAGAAGGAUAAAUACAGUCCAGCCCUGGGCGAGAUGAGUUUCCUGUUCUUUCUGCCUGCUGGGUAUGUUAAAUGGCAGAACGCAACGUUCUGAAAUAGAUGGACUAAAACAACCUCCGGUGGGAUACAGGAAAACGUGUUUCUGUCCGACCACUGUCAGAAAGGGUCAAAAUCACAAAGCAGGGUCAGUUCAGGUCCUCUCUCCAGUAUUGUUUCUUCCACCUUCCUUGGCAGUGGAAACGGAGGCCCAAAUUUAAAACAAACCACCGGGAUUUGUUGGUUGGCAUCUGUCUGUCUCAAGAGAGCCUCCAGGGCUGAAGUCAAACUGCUGCAUUAGCAGGACAGAAGUAACCUCACUGGGGCGCAAGCCGGAGCUGUGUGUCUGGAGGUCCUGGGCUGCCCAGAUGACAAGACCCCCUCUCAACCUCAGAGCAAUACGUUUGACACCAGCUUGGCAGCAGGAAUUGCUGGAAGGAGGUGUAAGGUAAAGGUAAAGGGACCCCUGACCAUUAGGUCCAGUUGUGACCGACUCUGGGGUUGCGGCGCUCAUCUUGCUUUAUUGGCCGAGGGAGCCGGCGUACAGCUUCCAGGUCAUGUGGCCAGCAUGACUAAGCCGCUUUUGGUGAACCAGAGCAGCGCACGGAAACACCGUUUACCUUCCCGCUGGUGCGGUACCUAUUUAUCUACUUGUACUUUGUCAUGCUUUUGAACUGCUAGGUUGGCAGGAGCUGGGACAGAGCAAUGGGCGCUCACCCUGUCCCAGGGAUUCGAACCGCUGACCUUCUGAUCAGCAAGCCCUAGGCUCUGUAGUUUAACCCACAGUGCCACCCGCGUCCCUGGAAGGAGGUGUACAAGGCACCAUCUAACUGUCUUAGGGACUCCACGCCAGAUAAUAAUAAUAAUAAUAAUAAUAAUAAUAAUAAUAAUAAUAUAUUUAUACCUCACCCAUCUGGCUGGGUUUCCCCAGCCACUCUGGGCGGCUUCCAACAGAACACUAAAAUACAAUAACCUAUUAAACAUUAAAAGCUUCCCUAAACAGGGCUGCCUUCAGAUGUCUUCUAAAAGUUUGGUAGUUAUUUUUCUCUUUGACAUUUGGUGGGAGGGCGUUCCACAGGGCAGGUGCCACUACUGAGAAGGCCCUCUGCCUGCUUCCCUGUAACUUGGCUUCUCGUAGUGAGGGAACCGCCAGAAGGCCCUCAGCACUGGACCUCAGUGUCCGGGCAGAAUGAUGGAGGUGGAGAAGCUCCUUCAGGUAUACUGGAUUGAGGUAGAGACACUCCUUCAGGUAUACUGGACAAAGAUUUGUGUGGGGUUUACUUCUUAGCCUUUUCUUCUCCCGAAGAUGUCCCGCAAUGCAGUGGAGGUUUAGGAUCAGAGUUUUCCUUCUCCUAGAUGGGCUGCCCUCCCAGGUUGAUGAACUCCAUCUGUCCCUCACUUGUCUCUGCAGCAGGUGCAGAAACUGCCUUAUUGACCAUUGGACUCACUCUUGGUCUCAUUUGCUCAAGCCUAUCUUUGCAUGCAGGUGAAGUCCCAAGUCCCUAACUUACUGAGGGUUUGAGACCCAUCGAGAAUAACCUCUUAUUAUGAAUCCUAGCCAUAAAUGUGUACACACACACACACACACACACACACACACACACCAGUCUUUGACAUUAUUUGGAGUCCCAUAUAUUGCUUCAUUGGAAAGAGAAAUAUAUGUCUCCAUUUAUUCGCUGGCUUGAAGACUAAUACUUGCCAGUUAUGAGUGGAUUGCUUAUAGACAGAGACUUUGCUGGGAGCCGGUGUGGUGUAGUGGUUAAGAGCGGUAGUCUCGUAAUCUGGUGAACCGGGUUUUCGUCUCCGCUCCUCCACAUGCAGCUGCUGGGUGACCUUGGGCUAGUCACACUUCUCUGAAGUCUCUCAGCCCCACUCACCUCACAGAGUGUUUGUUGUGGGGGAGGAAGGGAAAGGAGAAUGUUAGCCGCUUUGAGACUCCUUAGGGUAGUGAUAAAGCGGGAUAUCAAAUCCAAACUCUUCUUCUCUUCUUUGCAUGGACAAAUACAGGUUACAGAUGCUUCAGGUUACAGACUCUGCUAACCCAGAAAUAGUACCUUGGGUUAAGAACUUUGCUUCAGGAUGAGAACAGAAAUCGUGCUCCGGUGGCACGGCAGCAGCGGGAGGCCCCAUUAGCUAAAGUGGUGCUUCAGGUUAAGAACAGACCUCCAGAAUGAAUGAAGUUCUUUUUUUAUUAUUCAAAGUUAUAACAAAACAUAUUAUCCAAAAACAUAUCCUUAUUUCUCCCCCCCAUUUUUCCUCCCUCCCCCCUCCCCCCCACAAAACCCAGAACAAAUUAAGUUCUUAACCCAAGGUACCACUGUAUAAUGAAAUUUGGAACUCAAUAAUACAAAACACCGUAGGUUAAAAACUGUAAAGGGGGAGAGAGAGAGAGGAAGAGAGAAAACACAACACAGAGAUGCUUUUUUUUCCUGGCAGAAAUAAGGGUGAGAGAAAAAAAACCUACUUUGGUUUGCAUUUGCCUCUUCGUGUUGAUUUGGCCUUUUGGCUUCUGUCGGCUGUGAUGCACAAAUAGACCUGAAUAAAAUUGCAACUAUAUAUAUUUGGGCUUUGGGGCUGACUUGCCUGGUGAUUGUCUAGCGGUCCUCUUGCAAAAUGAGUCACUUGGUUUAUUGUUGCCUACACACACACACCCCACAUGUGUUGAAUAUUACUUCCCUGACCCUCCCUCCUCCUCCUCCUCCCAGCCCAAGCCCUGUUCAUGCAUGACGGUGCACUGAUGGAGGAGUCACUGGCAGAGCUAAACCUUUUCCAAGGCGCGGCUCCUGUCAUCCAUCAUGAGUUAAGUAUGAGCUGCCCUGGUAGCUGUCAGAGGAGGCCCAGCUGAUGUGCCGCAGCUAAUUAGCAUGCCUUGCGCUGCGCAUCGGGAUUUGGGGAGGUCUCCGGCAGCUGUGCAAACCUGUGUGGAAAAAUUCCACGCCUGCAGAAGAUCAAAAGGCCCUCAUUUGAAGUGCAAAAGCUGUGCUGAGGAUACGGGAGCUUAGCUGGAAUUAGAGGCAGCAAAGCGAGGAGGGAGAGCUGCACCUGUGGAAUUUUUGCCUGUUGCGCAACUGCUAAGAGGAACAGGGCUCUUACCAGGAAAAAAGAGACUGCAACACCCACAAUCAGUGCCCCAGUUUUUCUAUAUUUUUCAUUGAUGCAGAGCAGAUUUGCAUAUACCCCCACAGGAAGGAAAGCAAGGCCUGGUAGUAAAGGUAAAGGGACCCCUGUGGCAGGACACAGUUGUGUGUGUAGCUCCUCUGCUGCACCUAGGUGCGGUGGCAGGUAAAGGUAUAAAGGGACACCUGACCGUUAGGUCCAGUCGUGGCCGACUCUGGGGUUGCGGUGCUCAUCUCGCUUUACUAGCCGAGGGAGCCAGCGUACAGCUUCCGGGUCAUGUGGCCAGCAUGACUAAGCCACUUCUGGCCUACCAAAGCAGCGCACGGAAAGGCCGUUUACCUUCUGGCCAGAGCGGUACCUAUUUAUCUACAUGCACUUUGAUGUGCUUUCGAACUGCUAGGUUGGCAGGAGCAGGGACCGAGCAACGGGAGCUCACCCCAUCGCAGGGAUUCGAACCGCCGACCUUCUGAUCGGCAAGUCCUAGGCUCUGUGGUUUAACCCACAGCGCCACCUGCGUCCCAAAGCCUUGAUAGAGUGGACCAAAUUUUGAUCUGUUCCAAGCACCAGGUAAAUCAAAGCUGCUGUCCUGAUAGUUCUGGGAAGUAUAGAAGGAAAUAGGCCCCCCUUAAACCAGAUAAACUGAGCGAAAAGAAAUUGAUGUAUAGACAUGCUGUGGUCUCUGAAACCGCUAUAAUUCUAUAGGCUGAGAGAGAGCUCUGGCUUCAGGCAAUUGGAAUGAGUCUUCCUUGGGGUUUUUUUUUGUCUCAGAUGCUGCUGAAUUUUAAGAAGUUUUCCGCAUGCAAGGCAAAGGGUCAGAGGGAGCUGGGCACCAUUGGUUGGCGAUAGUUGAGCAGAUGGAUUUGGGGGCUCAAGCUAGGAACCCAAUAGGUCAGGUUCUACUUCCUAAUGCUUGUACUUCCUACUUGUUGGUUUGUUGGAGGAAACUGCAAGUAGUUUCAGCUGAGACAUUCAAGCACAAACCAAGGGUAGGCAACAUAGUGCUCUGCAAAUGUUGUGGAACCACAUCUGACACUAUCCCUGAUCUUUGACCAUGCAGGGAAACCUGGAGCCUGGCCUUCUUUGGACUUGAAGGUACCACCUGCCCUGCUGGGACUUGGAGAAUUUGAAUAUGUUUGCAUUUGAGUGAGAAAGCAUGCUGUUCUUCUUGAACCAAUACACAAAGCAAAACAGCCUUUGAAAUCCAUGCAUUUCUGAAUUUUGCAAUGCAGUUCGGCAAACCACCAGUGUGUACAAAAAUGCAUUAUUUUAAGGGGAAAGUUUCCAUAAAAAUGCACAUAUGAGCGAAGGCAGCAUAUAAACAUUCAUUGCAUUAGGGAAAAUAAAUGUGUAUAUUUAGUCAAAGCUGAACACAAAAAUGUGAUUAGUAGGAAGAAUUUGCACUAAAACGCUGAGGAAUUUUCAUGAGGAUGUUUUAUUUUUCUUGGGGUGGGUGGGCUGCAAAUUGCUGUGAAUAUGUGGAGGACCAAAUUUAAGAGUUUGGAAAAAUGAGAAUCAAGAUUGACAGAUCUACCCAUCCCUAUUUGGACCUCCAAAUGGUAUGUGUGAGUGCACAGCCUGGAUAGCUCAGUUGGUAGGGCAUAGCAUAAUAGAAUCUUAGAUUUGGAAGGGACCCCAAGGGUCAUCUAGUCUAACCCCCUGCAAUGCAUGGUGAUGAUAAUGUCAAGGUUGCAGGUUCAAUCUCCAUAUGGGAAAACUGCAUAUUCCUGCAUUGUAAUAAUAAUAAUAACAAUAAUAACAAUUUAUUAUUUGUACCACGACCAUCUGGCUGGGUUUCCCCAGCCACUCUGGGCAGCUUUCAACAAAGAUUAAAAAUACAUUAAAAUGUCACACAUUAAAAACUUCCCUGAACAGGGCUGCCUUCAGAUGUCUUCUAAAUGUCAGGUAGUUGUUUAUCUCUUUGACAUCUGAUGGGAGGGUGUUCCACAGGGCGGGCACCACUACUGAGAAGGCCCUCUGCCUGGUUCCCUGUAGCUUUGCUUUUUGCAAUGAGGAAACCGCCAGAAGGCCCUCAGAGCUGGACCUCAGCGUCCAGGCAGAAUGAUGGAAGUGGAGACGCUCCUUCGGGUAUACUGGGCUGAGGCCGUUGAGGGCUUUAAAGGUCAACACCAACACUUUGAAUUGUGCUCGGAAACAUACUGGGAGCCAAUGUAGGUCUUUCAAGACUGGUGUUAUGUGGUCUUGGCGGCCGCUCCCAGUCACUUAAUUGCAGUUUCUGGGUCACCUUCAAAGGUAGCCCCACGUAGAGCGCAUUGCAGUAGUCAAAGCGGGAGAUAACCAGAGCAUGCACCACUCUGGCAAGACAGUCUGCGGGCAGGUAGGGUCUCAGCCUAGAUGAUCCUCGGGGUCCCUUCUAACUCUAAAAUUCCACGUGCUUUUAAAAAGGUAAAGGGACCCCUGACCAUUAGGUCCAGUCAUGACCGACUCUGGGGUUGUGGUGCUCAUCUCACUUUAUUGGCCGAGGAAGCCGGUGUCCAGCUUCCGGGUCAUGUGGCCAGCAUGACUAAGCUGCUUCUGGCGAACCAGAGCAGCACACAGAAACACCGUUUACCUUCCCGCCGGAGUGGUACCUAUUUAUCUACUCGCACUUCGACGUGCUUUCGAACUGCUAGGUUGGCAGGAACAGGGACUGAGCAACGGGAGCUCACCCCGUUGCGGGAUUUGAACCGCCAACCUUCUGAUCGGCAAGUCCUAGGCUCUGUGGUUUAACCCACAGCGCUACUCGCGUCCCAGUGCUAUUAAUGUGCUAUUAAUGAUCUAUUAAUGUGAACAGCGUAGUGUAGAAAGCAGAAGCAGAAAUAAGCACCGAGGAGGAAAUACGCACACCUGCAAACCUUUGCAAGGUUCCCCUAGCAGUGGCUAAUCUGGGAUAUGCUGACAUUAGGAACACACAGCCAAAUUUCCCUUCAAAGGCCGGCCUGUCGGCAAAACUCCCUGGCAUUUGUCAGCCUUGUCUUCCGAUGCGGAGGACCGGAGUUUUUAAAGAUCCCCAAAGUGCCGGAUGAUUGCAGAGAGGAGCCAUCCAUCACUUUUGGGAUGAGAAAAUCCAGUUUGCCGUUCCCCAUGUUUGAAGCGACUAAGAAGGAGUGGCAGGUCCGUGGGGCAGACAUGACAUUUUGAUAACUAAACACUCAAAGCGAACCAUAUCUAAGAGGCUGCCGAGAAGAUUCCCCCCCACAGCAAUACGCGAUCAGUAAGUGGAAAUUAAUUAAAGGACUCUACAUUUUUCAGCAGAAUUAUUAACAGGAAGUUCUGGCUGCAAAUUGAAGCUGGAGUGACUUAGUCCGCUUCCUCAGCCUUGCUGAGCAGCACGUAAUGGUGGGUCUAUAGCUCAGAGGCUACACAGGUAUUUUGAACUCGGAAUACCCCCACAUUCCUGCCCCCCCUCCCAGCCAAAGGAUCUCAAGCAGCAAUCGUGGGAGGCCUCACAAAGACUGGGAUGAAUUUUCAAAUUGUUGAAAGCUUGGGCUAAAUAGGGAGGGUUUUGGAGGGUUGAAUGAGGGAGCAAAACAAUGUUCUUCCAUUUGCAUUUUUUUUUUGGGGGGGAGGGUCAUAUUUGGGAGACAGUUCACCAAGGGUGGUAGUCAACUAAAUUAUUCCAAGAAGUCCCAUUGAAAUUAAGGGACCUAACUUAGUCAUUUUCAUUAAUUUCAGCCAGUCUAUUCUGAGUGAAACUUAAUUGAAUACCACUCCAAAAUUCCCUCACAGCUCCGAUCACCUGGCAGCUGCUAUCUUCUUUUUCCUCAGAACGCCAAGUUUCUGAGUGGCAUUUUGUGUGUGUGUGUGUGUGUGUGUGUGUGUGUGUGUAAAUGGCAUCCACCACAAGAAACAAACAGACAGACAGACAGACAGACAGACAAACAAACAAACAAAAUGGUAUUUUGGGCUGCCAUUCCUCCACCCCAGAAUACCUUAUAGAGCAUGGCAUCCUGUGAGGAAAUGGCAUUUGUCAGCUGAACAGCCGUGGAGAUAGCUUUGGUUGUUUUUCUCUCAUGAAAUUGAAGGCCUACACCCUGUAAAUUGCUACAAAGGCCACUCCAAUGGCCUGAAAAUAGAGCUGCAAACAGUGUGUGUGUGUGUGUGUGUGUGUGUGUGUGUGUUGCUGAAAUAUACUCGGAGUCGAGUGUGAAUUUCAUGCUCUUUAUUCAGUUCGUAGUAACAAUGAAUGAAACUUCCCCCAAAAUGUCUAGCUUUAUAUAUAUUAUUUACACAAUGGGCCCCGCGUGAUAGGCUAAUUCCGGGCUUUUCCUGUAGGCCAAUCAGGUUGCCGAUUCACUUCCUCCAGAAGUCUGAUUGGCUGCUCCUGAAGACCAAUCUGGUCGCUGAUUCACUUCCACCUAGAGCUGGACUGGGUGGCUCCUGCAGACCAAUCAGACUGCUGCAUUCUGGAUCCUAUUGUUCUAGGAUUCAGCUCAGUACAUAACAGUCGCCCGUGCCUGUUAUUUAUCUGAUUCAUUUCUUGGAACUUAGGAAACUUAUACGAACUCAGGCCAUUGGUCCAUCUAGCUCAGAAUCACCUGCACUGUCCGGUAGAUGCUCUCCAGCAUUACAGGCAGAGAGCGUCUCCCAGCCCUACCUGGAGAUGCCAUGAAUUGAACCUAGAUCCUUUUGUGUGCAGAUGAGGUGCUCUACCACUAAGCUAUGGCCCUUUCCCCCCAAAUCGAGUGAGUAUAGGAACAUAAUAAGCUGCUGAGAAUCAGAGUACUGUAGAGUUGGAAAAGACCCUCCUGAGGAAAAUCAAGUCCAGGUUCCUGCAAUGUAAGAAUCUCAACUAAAGCAUCCAUGGAAGAUGGUCAUUCAACCUCUGCUUAGAAACCUCCCAAGGAAGGAGAGUCCACAACCUCCUGAGGGAGACGGUUCCACGGUCGAAUUGCUCUUACAUUAGAAAGUUCUUCCUGGUGUUGAGUCAGAAUCGCCUUUGGUGUAACCUGAAUUUUUUAUUUCAUGUCCUGUCCUCUGGAGCAAGAAAAAACAAGCCCUUUAGAUAUUUGAAGGCAUCUCCUCUCAGUCUCUUCUUAUCCAGGCUAAAUAUACCCAACUUCCUCUAUCAUUCCUCAUAUAAGUCUUGGUUUCCAGACCCUUGAACUUGGUCAUCUUAGCUGCCCUCCUCUGCACACGUUCCCAUUUAUCAAUAUCCUUCUUAAAUUGUGGUGCCCAGAGAUGGACACAGUAUUCCCGGUGUGGUCUGACCAAGGCAAUAUGGGGUUGUUGUUUAGUCGUUUAGUCGUGUCCAACUCUUCGUGACCCCAUGGACCAGAGCACGCCAGGCACUCCUGUCUUCCACCGCCUCCUGCACUUUGGUCAAACUCAUGUUAGUAGCUUCCAGAACACUGUCCAACCAUCUCGUCCUCUGUUGUCCCCUUCUCCUUGUGCCCUCCAUCUUUCCUAACAUCAGGGUCUUUUCCAGGGAGUCUUCUCUUCUCAUAAGGUGGCCAAAGUAUUGGAGCCUCAGCUUCAGGAUCUGUCCUUCCAGUGAGCACUCAGGGCUGAUUUCCUUCAGGAUGGAUAGGUUUGAUCUUCUUGCAGUCCAUGGGACUCUCAAGAGUCUCCUCCAGCACCAUAAUUCAAAGGCAAAAUAGAGUGAUGCUAUUACUUCCCUUGAUCUGGGCACUGUAGAGGAUUGGUGGUUUUUCUCCAGGGUUUCAAGACAGCCGAUUGCAAAAACAAUGCUGAUGACCCAACUAAAAUAUCAAUAUUACCCACAAGCCUGGGUGAGCCGGCAUGUAUUGAGUUGGAUCUUGACCUUGAAGAGCUACAAGGAGACAAUACUGGGUUACAUGGGUCAGUGCCCUGACUCAGGGUAAUGCUGCUUCUUAUAUGACCUUUACACCAGGGUCAUGGCUUUGCCACAAAGAAUCCUGGGAACUGUAGUUUGUUAAGGCAGUACUGUCACUGUGGCUAGUGCCAUAUAAUACUUAUUCUGCAUUUGUAAGAAGGUGAUAUUUACUGCGGCAGCAUCCAAACUUUGGAACUCCCUUCCUAUUGACAUCAGCCGGGCGCCUUCACUGUAUGCUUUCUGGUGCCAGCUGAAAACAAAUUUGUUCCUGCAAACCUCUCUAGACAUGCAGAGCUCUGACAUGUGUUGUAAUCUGGUCUUUAGCAUUUAUUUUAAUUUUGUUUCGAAUGUUUUAAAUAGUAGUUCUUAACUGGUUUCUGCUGAACACUUUUAUUAUUUUUGUAACGAGCUUUGAAGAUUUGCCUUUUUUUUUAUACAUCCGAGCAGUGUAUAAAUUUUAACAGCUAACUAAUAGAUAAAGGGACGCGGGUGGUGCUGUGGGUUAAACCACAGAGCCUAGGACUUGCUUAUCAGAAGGUCGGCAGUUCGAAUCCCCCCAACGGGGUGAGCUCCCGUUGCUCGGUCGCUGCUCCUGCCAACCUAGCAGUUCAAAAGCACAUCAAAGGGCAAGUAGAUAAAUAGGUACCACUCUGGCGGGAAGGUAAAUGGCAUUUCCGUGCGCUGCUCUGGUUCGCCAGAAGCAGCUUAGUCAUGCUGGCCACAUGACCUGGAAGCUGUACGCCGGCUCCCUCGGCCAAUAAAGUGAGAUGAGUGCCACAACCCGAGUCGGCCACGACUGGACCUAAUGGUCAGGGGUCCCUUUACCUUUACCUAACCAAUAAAUAAAAGUGCUGAGAAUUGGUUUAACUCACAGCGCCACCCGCGUCUAUAAAUUUUAUAAUUUUAUAAAUUUAUAAUUGUAUAAAUUUUAACAGCUAACUAACUAAUAAAUAAAGGUGCUGAGAAUUGGUAGAAGACCCUAAUUUCCCUCCCAGACCUACAGAGUUCCUUGGGGAGAGGGACUGAUUGUGAAACAGCUCUGGAGAUUGUAGAAGGAACAACACAGACCUGAGAUCUUUAUUGCUCCCUCCAGCCCCUGUAGUCUUUCUCUUGCUUGCUACCGGUUAUCAUCUUCCCCAAGAUUGGUUGCUUUAAGAAAAACUUCUCCGGCCGGCUCUCGCGACGCACAUUCCAGUUUUAUCUGAGACCCUUUUUAAUGGGGUGCCAUGGGAGGAAGCGCAGAGCUCUUGGGACUAGAGCCUAAAACAAUUGUACGCAGUCAGCUUUUGCGAUAAGCGCGGGAGUGAUCGGAGGCUGCCGGUUCCCAGCGGACUGUCUCUGUCUCCCAUCAGAGCAGGCAGCAGGAGGAAGACAAAUGAAGUCGUCUUGCAGUUACUUACUGAGUCAAUCUGUAGCAAGAGUCUUCUUUCCUUGCAAGCCAGAAGUUGCUGGCGUGACUCCGUGAUCUAAGGGAGACAUAAAAAUAGAACCAGCCUGUUCUCAGACACACACACAGAGCUCAGACUCGGAAGUAAGGAUGUAACAACAAAGGAGGGAGGGAGUGUGGUUAAUUGCCGACGAAAUUUGCUGGUGCAAUUUUGCAAAAGCGAAAUAACACAAGAAGAGCUCUGCUGGAUCCGGGAAUAGGCCCAUCUAGACAGCAUCCUGUUCCCACCUGGGUCCAGCCAGAUCCCCUUGGGGAACCCACAAACAGAACCUGAACACAACAGCACACUCACUGCUUCUGAUUCUCUGCAACUGGUACCUCUAACAGCGAAGGCAGAACAAAGCCAUUGUGGUUUGUAACCAUGAAUUUGCCUCAUCUUCUUUCAACGCCUUCCAAGUCACAAAUGGACACCCUGAUUUGGGCUCCCAAGGGAAUCUAGAAUCAUAAAACUGGAGACUUGGAAGGGACCCUGAGGGCCCGAGGGCCCAACCCCUCACAGUGCAGACUCCAUUUGAAAUACGCCACCAUCAUAACUUUUAGUCCGCAAACGAUAUCCAUUUGCUUACGUUUCCCCUCGCAGUCUUCCCUUUGCGCUGAAACGAAUGAGAUGCAAUGAAAUUGCGACAGCGUCACUUAUCGCAUCAUUAUGCGAGAUCAGUUAUGUAAGCUGUGGCAUUUCACCACAGCCGAUGAAACAGGCCACAUCGUUGGCGGCUUCCACCCUAGUUUGCCAACAUUUCCAUUUCAACAAGACCAAGGACAAUUUCUCAGGUAGUUUACAUGCACCUGUGGCGAUCACAAGGGGUCCCCGGACGUUUGUCGGUCUAUUGAUCCCUGUGCCACCACUGUGAUUGCUUUCUUCGCUGCCACCAACCCGUUUCUCCUCACGGGUUCACACGGAGCCCAGUCAGUUGUUAACAUUAACAAAUAAUCAAGUUUAUUUUUAAAGGCAUGAACAAGCUUAUGGUUUCAGUUAAUUUUUCUUGACAGUUUCUUAAUCUUAGUUUCUUUACUGACCUAUAUGUUCCUAACAACUUCAAACUGAUUAUCCCAACUAUCUAUCUGACUCCACCUAACAGUUCCUCUCACUCUCUCACCACACAACUCGACCAACCCACAGACUUAUGCUCCCUCUUCCUUCUCCAACUCCCAACUCUCAACUGACAUUCACACAACUCCAACUCUCACUCUAACUCCUCCCCUCGGGGUCCCACUGGCCAAUCACGUCACACUCAUUUAACCCUUUCCUUAUGACCCACCUAGGAGACAAACACCACAGCACCCUUGUGAAGAAGACUCUGAAUAUGCUCAGGUGUACCCUGAUAUACGCUAACACACACACACAGCUUUAUGAAUCUAUAUUAAAUGUUUCCCAGGCAUCAAGGGGACUGUGAUGCAUUCGCAGUCCGCGGCGCCGGCGAGCCAGACUCAGUGCUCACAGUGCCAAAUGUACGAGGUGACAGGUGUUAAUGAAGUGAAAGGGCUGUGAAUCCGCUCCAGAACGCCCACGCAUUAGAGACUUAACCACUCUGACUGUUGAAUACUCUAGCAGUUGUGUGUGUGUGUGUGUGUGUGUGUGUGUGUGUGUUCUAGCUGGCUAGUAUCAAAGAUGGGCUGCUGUGAUGCACUGGUGAGUUGUGGCAAUUUUCUUCACGUUGCUACAGCAACAUCGGGGGGUUGUAAUCUAAACGCGGCUUGCUGUUCUAGGGAAUGUAAUUCGUGCUUUGGGUGAGAUUCUGGAUUCAAAUCCCCGACAAGCUGAUAUAACAGCAGGGAGGAAGGGGGAGACGGGAGGUCUAUGCAGGGGGAGGAUCCAUAGCUCAGCGCACGAUCUCAUGCUGUGCAGGCAGAUGGUGCCAGGUUAAAUCAGGGUAGAUGGGUUUAAAUCCAGGUGAUUUAAAUCCCUGCCCUGAACCAGAUUACGUGCAGACCGGUUGCAGUGACCGUUUCAAAAUUUCAGCUUGCGAAUGCUACCCGGAAGAGCGAUCCGAAACCACCCAUCAUUCCUAGAACGUAUGAGCCCUGCUUGAGAAGUCAGGGACCUAGCAGAGGCAACCCACAUUCAGGAUUCGAGCACAAGAGCACUCGCCUCUCCUAUUUCCACAACUGGUAUUACUACUGUAACUCGCUCUACGCGGGGCUGCCCUUGAAACUGUCCCAGAAACUCCAGCAGGUGCAGAAUGCUGCAGCGAGGCUCCUCACGGGGUCCAUGCCAUGGGAGCAUAUUCCCCCAGUGCUGUACCAGUUGCACUGCCUUCCGGUGGAGUAUAGGUGCUGGUUUUGACCUUUAACGCCCUAUGCGGCCUAGGACCCUCAUACUUACAGGACCGCCUCUCCUGGUAUGUCCCACAGAGGACCCUAAAGUCCAUGAAUAAUAAUAGCUUGAAGGUCCCGGGCCCUAAGGAAGCCAGACUAUCCUCCACCAGGGCCAGGGCUUUUUCAGUGACUGCUCCGACCUGGUGGAAUGCUCUGUCCCACGAGACUAGGGCCCUCCAGGACUUGAUCUCCUUCCGCAGGACCUGUAAGACAGAGCUAUUCUGCCUGGCCUUCAGUUUGAAUUAGCCUGAUCCUCUAUUCCAACGGUUCUCAACCUGUGGGUCCCCAGAUGUUGUUGGACUACAACUCCCAUCAUCCCUGAGCUCUGGCCUUGCUAACUAGGGUUGAUGGGAGUUGUAGUUCAACAACAUCUGGGGACCCACAGGUUGAGAAAGGUUGCUGUCUAUUCCCUUUCCUCUUCUAUGAAGAAACCCUUUCUGGGACCCCACAUUUAAAUUAUUCCCUGAUCUCCUUGCUGGCCCUAGUAGGACCAACUUGGCCAGUUAGCCCUGGUGAUUAUUUGAUGUCUACUGACUGGGGUCCCCCCCCCAAAUGACCCCUGAAUUUUGAAUUUUAUUGAUAUUGAUGCUGCCUUUUAUGUUGUAUUUUAUGCUGUUUUAUGCUGUUUUUAAGUCGCAUUUUAGUCAAUGUUUUAUAUUUGCUGUUAGCCACCCUGAACCUGGUUUUUUAAACCAGGAAAGGCGGGGUAUAAAUAAAAUAUUAUUAUUAUUAUUAUUAUUAUUAUUAUUAUUAUUAUUAUUUGAAGCGCUAGUGCCUUGAACGGCGAAGGGAGAACAUAGGCAUCAUAGCUUUGCCCUCCAUUAAUGCAUCCAAUUCGCAUUUAUUUAUUUAUACAUGCAUACAUAUUCGCAUAUAUUUCACUUUUCCUCCAAAGAGCUUAAGGUGGUGAAGGUGGUUCUCUGUUUUUGUGUGUGUGUGUGUGUGUUUGGUAUAUAAUUUUUAUUAAAUUUUCUGUUUUACAAUUUAAAAUACUCGUUUUUACAUCCUUAAGAUAUCAAUGACUUCCCUUCUUCUCUUUCCCUGGUUCAUAUCAUAAAUCUGCAUAUUUUACCAAAAAAACAACCUAUACUAUUCAGUACUGCAUUCUUGCCUCCAUCAAAACUUAUUUAUACUGUUGAAUUUACCUUAACGCUGCCAACGUUUUCAGCUGUACACAGUUAUUUCCCUUAUAUUCAAUAGCCGUUUCCCAAUCUUCUCUAAAGGCAUGUUAUCCAAUAAAACACAUGUUUUCCAAUCUUCUCUAAAGGUGGUUCUCUGCUCUCUGUUUCAGCCUGACAACCACCCUGCGAGGUAGGUUCAGUUUGAGUUAGCCGUGCCCAGCCACUUGAAUAGGUCUACUCUGAGUAGGACUAUAACACUGGAUAAGCAAGCCUUUGAGCAGACCGAGCUCACCGUGCGAGCUUUGUGACUGAGUGCCCAACCCGCAAACCACACUGUCUCUGUUAAAGCUGUCAAAAUUAUUACAUCUUGUGGCAGUGAGUUCCAAAGGCUUAACUCUGCCUACAAGGCAGGUUUCAGUUUCUCUGUGCACGUGCGAAGCUAGUAAGGAACAUUAAAGGAGUUGGACUAGAUGGCUUUGGGGUCCCUUCCAACAGUACACUUCCACGAUCAGUCACUCGAUAGCUAAGUCCGCUGUCCUGUGCACACUUAGUUAGAAGUAAGUUCCUUUGCACAGAGUGGGGUUCUUACAUCUGAGUAAACACGGAAGGGAUGAUCCUGUUGGUGUUCAGCAUAUUCCAUAACCCAGGACUGGUUCCUGCUAGACAUAAUAGUGUUUCUUCACGAAAUGAAAAGUAAAUGUCUUUGCUGUUUGGUUAGCGGAGGCCAUAAAUAUUCAAAAUUUGAAAUAGCACUCCAGAGCUCAGAGAGCUGAGUUGGGGCGAGAGAAGAGGAGAACAGUAUCAGCCGUCUGGGUUCUGCGGAUGAGCCUGGUGAACUGGUGCCUGCCUGGCAGUGUAGUGUAAUGGUCAGAGUGUGGCACGAGGUCUGGGUUCGAAUCCUCGCUUGGCCACAAAGCUCACCAGGUGGCCUUGGGUCAUGACAAGGGAUGUGGAGAAAUGCGGUUCCGUUCCCAUAAAGAGGCAAACUUACCUAAUUUACACCUUGCGAAAAACAAUAUGCAAACCGAAACAUAGCCACUCUUCAAGAUUCACGCUUCUUUGAAUAUUGCAAUGCAGUUUGCCAGCCAAGGAAUUUCUGCCAGAAAGCAUAGAUCAGGGGGGAAAGUAGGCGUGCAAAUGCAUAUAUUGGUGAAAAUAGGGCGAAAAUGCAUUCUGUUAGUGAAAAUUGCUUUGCAAAAAUAAAUAAAUGUGUGUAUUAGGCAACACUGCAUGCAAAAGGCGUAGAUGAAGAGAAAUUCAAACUAAUAUGCUGACAAAUAUUUCAUGCUGACUUUAAGAAACAACAGCAAAACGUUGUGGGAAUGUGGAGAAGUGAACUUAAAACUGGAAAAAAUAAGAAACUGGGAAAAACAAAAAUCAGUAAAUUUGCUCAUCCCCAGCCCUGGCGAACUGUGGCCCAUUAAUUUCAAUGGAUCAGCCCUGAGUUGAUCAUAGUUGUACAUAACCCACAGUCCUUCAGCCGAAUCUACCUCACAGCGUUGUUGUGAGGGUGAAACAGAAAGAGGAAGAAACAAUGCAUGUUGCUUGAAAAACUUGGAGGGAAAUUGUGUCAUAAAUAAAAUAAGUAACGUUUUCAGUUUUCCAAACCAUGGCUAUUUCUUUACAUUCCGAACCAUAGUUUGGAAAAAUCAAAUUGCCCUCUUGUGCACAUAGCUGAAUUGAAUUGCCUUCCCAUUUGAUCAAAUCAUCGUUUGUCAUUACGUCUGAAGCAGCAGAACAACACUGGAGUGAUCCACCCAAACGUUUUGCCGGUUGGGUAUUUUCUUCUCGUUGAUCUUUUUUUUAAGGAAACCCCACACAGAGAAGAGUGGCCCUUGAUUCAGUGUGUUGUGCAUGGUUAUGGUUUAAGAGAUUAUUAGGCUUUAACAUGGUUCCUUUCAUUAAAGGCAGAUUUUUGUUGUUGUUGUUUAAUCGUUUAGUCGUGUCCGACUCUGCCUGACCCCCUGGACCAGAGCACGCCAGGCACUCCUGUCUUCCACUGCCUCCCGCAGUUUGGUCAAACUCAUGCUGGUAGCUUCGAGAACACUGUCCAACCAUCUCGUCCUCUGUCGUUCCCUUCUCCUUGUGCCCUCCAUCUUUCCCAACAUCAGGGUCUUUUCCAGGGAGUCUUCUCUUCUCAUGAGUAUUGGAGCCUCAGCUUCACAAUCUGUCCUGCCAGUGAGCACUCAGGGCUGAUUUCCUUAAGAAUGGAUAGGUUUGAUCUUGCAGUCCAUGGGACUCUCAAGAGUCUCCUCCAGCGCCAUAAUUCAAAAGCAUCCAUUCUUUGGUGAUCAGCCUUCUUUUUAAAGCCAGGUUAUUAUUCAUAUGACCACAACUGCUAGAACUGAUCUUUUAAGUCAUUGAUUUAAAAUUUCAGGCCAGUAUUCAACUGACUAGCUUUGCCAGCAGUAGGACUGUUGCUUGGGUGAUGGCACUGCUCCCUUCUCCACACGCCUGACCCCCCCCAAAAAAUCUGUCCUUAACCCCCCGAAGCAGAUUGGGAAGGAUGAGGGGGAUGUUCACCCUCAUUUUAAAGGCUCUCAAGUUGGAAUGUGCUGUAUAUAGAAGGUCAUCGGAUUUGUUCCUGAAAAAUGUAAGUUUUUAGUCCUCAGGGUUGUGUAAAGGAAAAUAGAAAUCAGAAACACAUGGCCACGGUCUUCUGGAAGGUUAGGCCUAAAACAGCAAGGGGAAGGGCCGUCGCUGAAUGGGAGAGAUGCUUGUUGCAAGUCUGAACCGAGUUUGCAAGGACAUUUACUUGAAUGCACGAACAAGCCUUCUCAUGUCCAAGAGGGAAAUGAGCCAAGGGCAUGUGGCUGACAUACAUACAUACUCCCACCCCUCCACACAUGUUUGCCCUCACCGUGUCAAGGCUGAGCACCCAGAGGGGGCUUUGUAUGACGUCACAAAUCCAGUUCAGAGCGAGGGUCGUGCUUCUGACCCUCACUCUGAAUGGGCAAACGGCUUUCCCUCUGCUGAAUCGCAGAGAUGUUUGUAUUGCAAUGGGGCAAAAGUCUUAGGUGAAAAUCUCCCUACACUGAUAUUUGAGGGACGCAGGUGGUGCUGUGGGUUAAACCAUAGAGCCUAGGGCUUGCCGAUCAGAAGGUCGGUGGUUCGAAUCCCCAUGACGGGGUGAGCUCCUGUUGCUCGGUCCCUGCUCCUGCCAACCUAGCAGUUCAAAAACACGUCAAAGUGCAAGUAGAUAAAUAGGUACCACUGUGGCGGGAAGGUAAACGGUGUUUCCGUGCACUGCUCUGGUUCGCCAGAAGUGGCUUAGUCAUGCUGGCCACAUGACCCAGAAGCUGUACGCCGGCUCCCUUGGCCAAUAAAACGAGAUGAGCGCCACAACCCCAGAGUUGGCCACGACUGGACCUAAUGGUCAGGGGUCCUUUACACUGAUAUUUGGUAGCAGAUGAUGGAAAAAAUCCCGUUCCUUGAGACCCUGCAGAAUCAACCAGACAGUUGUGAGCUAGACGGACCAGUGGUCCGGCUUGCUAUAAAGCAGCUCUCUGCAUCCCCAUCCUUUAAGACUUUCCUUUGCCUGCAAAAAGAGAUUUUCUUCCAGGGCCGCAGCAUUGCAGCAUCUCCCCGGCAUGAAACCACAUCACGAGGCAAGCAGCGGGAGAACAUUUGAUAUUCAGUCCCCAAUUAGGGCUCUCUUCUCUCCACUUUUAUUUUUUUAUUUUUUUGGCAAGCAGCUGAACGAUUCCUGAGCGCUGCCCUUCCCCUGGUAGCUGCAGAGAGGUGGCUUCGAGGCAAAGGGGUUUUCAAAACAUUCAGUGUGCGAAACCAGGAGGGAGAGCGGGGAGGGAGACUGGAUCAUCAGCCCCCUCCUGGCCCUGUGCUUUGCAUGUUCUUGUCCCUCAGGAGGAGGGAAGCCAAAUGGAAUGAGGUGGCCAUUAGCUAGAGCUGCUUCUGCAUCAGGUCUGAAUGAAUAAGAUACAGACAGAGCCCUUCGCUUUGUGCAAUGCCUUGCUUGAGUACGGCCCAGUUCUCAUCGCAGGGCUAAGUGUGGAGACGAGGACUCACACGUGUAAAUGCAGUUCUGUAAAAUUAAAACAACGCCCAAAUCUCUGCAUAUAGAAAACUAGCAUGUAAGAAAGAAGAGCCCUUUAAUAAUAAUAAUAAUUUAUUAUUUAUACCCCGCCCAUCUGGUUGGGCUUCCCCAGCCACUCUGGGUGGCUUCCAACAAAAUAUUAAAAUACAGUAAUGCAUCAAAAAUUAAAAGCUUCCCUGAACAGGGCUGCCUUCAGAUGUCUUCUAAAAGUCUGGUAGUAGUUGUUCUCUUUGACAUCUGGUGGGAGAGUGUUCCACACGGCGGGCGCCACUACCGAGAAGGCCCUCUUCCUGGUUCCCUGUAACUUGCCUUCUCGCAGCGAGGGAACCGCCAGAAGGCCCUCGGCGCUGGACCUCAGUGUCCAGGUAGAACGAUGGGGGUGGAGAUGCUCCUUCAGAUAUACUGGACCGAGCACAUUGCAGUAGUCCAAGUGAGAGAUGACCAGAGCAUGCAUCACUCUGGUAAGGCAGUCCGUGGGCAGAUAGGGUCUCAGCCUACAUACCAGAUGGAACUUUGCUUUCUCACUGACACUCUAGAUUUCUCAGUGCAGGGAUUUUUCUUGGAUGGAGGAGGAUUCGGUGAGGUGAACCAUCACCCCCUUCCCGGCAAUUUGAUGUGGUAUAGUCCAAACACACUCUAAUCACCCAAGUAAGAGCUAGGCCUUAGCAGCAUCACCAGCAAUUUAGUGCAGGGGAUGGAGAAGUGAAGAGAAUAUAUAACAUUUCUUGGUAGCCCCUUACCUAAUUUCAGUUUCUAUAAAGAUUCAAGCUAUAUUCCCUGAUUCCAGGUGUCUGGAGGGUGUCCAUGGUACUUGGUGGCUAGCGUAGCACACUGCACAUGCUCAGAGGUGCCCCAUCUUUAUUCAAGGCCCUGGGGGACUUGACAUCUUUCCACAGGGCCUGCAAGACAGAGCUGUUCCGCCUGGCCUUUGGUUUGGAUUCAGUCUGACCCUUAUGUUUCCCUCCCCUUAUGGUUUUGAUCUAUGGGCUACUAUUAAAAUGAGUCUGCAGUUUAAAUUGCAUUUUAACUUGUAUUUUAAAUUGGUUCCCCCCCCCCAUUAUGUUUUUACUGUAAUUUUACUGGUAUUAGCCACCCUGAGCGGGGAGGACGGGGUAUAAAUAAAAUCUAUUAUUAUUAUUAUUACUCUCACCUCAAUCUCCUCCUAAUCUUCAGGCAGGAGAGGUACCCAUCUGAAAUCUGAGUGGAAGGAAGCAGGAAAUAAUGUGAGGAAAUGCGCAAAGUUUCACCUGGCAGGUUGCCCCUUCUCUGAUGUUGUUGCCCUGGGAAAUGCACAGGGGCACAGCCUUGUUUCUUCCUUGCUUAAGGGAGACACCAGAAACUUUGCAACAAGUAGUCGCUCAUUAUUGUAGCCAUUCGCCAGCUUCCACUCAGACCUAUUUGCUUGUCUAUCAACCACAACAGUUCAGCUAGGGAAAGGGGCAAGUGAUGGAUGCCACACUUUGGAAACCUGGGGUGUAUGGAGGUGAGCAACUAGCUAGUGAAACUGCCUGGAAAUACAACCAAUUGCAAUGGUAGAACUUGAGGAAACAGGAAUGUACUCUUCAAAGUUUGGACUAGGUUUGGACCUACCCGAUCGAUCCACAUUUUCUGAAACAAUAUGAAAUUGGGCAUCCUUCAGAAUUUUCACUUCUCUGAAUUUUGCAGCAUAGUUCUCUACUCAAGUAAUGGGUACAAAAAUGCCUGUAUUAGUGAAAAUAACAUUGAAAAACACAUUGUUUUCCGGGAAAUUGCAUUGCAAAAAUUUGUAUAUUGGGUAAAAUUGCGUACAAAAGUGUGUGUAUCAGGAGAAAUUCACACCAAAAUGUGGGUGACUUUUCAUGAGGAUUAAAUAAAUAAGGUAAAGGUAAAGGGACCCCUGACCAUUAGGUCCAGUCGUGACCGACUCUGGGGUUGCGGCGCUCAUCUCGCUUUAUUGGCCGAGGCAGCCGGCAUACAGCUUCCAGGUCAUGUGGCCAGCAUGACUAAGCCGCUUCUGGCAAACCAGAGCAGCGCACGGAAACACCAUUUACCUUCCCGCCGGAGCGGUACCUAUUUAUCUACUUGCACUUUGACGUGCUUUCGAACUGCUAGGUUGGCAGGAGCAGGGACCGAGCAAUGGGAGCUCACUCCAUUGCGAGGAUUCAAACUGCUGACCUUCUGAUCGGCAAGCCCUAGGCUCUGUGGUUUAACCCACAAACUGAAGUGGAAGUGGAGAAAGAGAAAGAGAACGAGAGAGAGAGAGAGACUGACAGAGUCACCCACUUCCCCAAUAUCUCAUCUGGCCAGGAGAAGGGGAAUAUUUUCCUGAUUUCAGGCAGGUCCUGCUUGGUUUAAUUUAGGCUUAAUGGGAGGUUAUGCAAAGGUUACCUGAAGGCUGAAUGAGAUUAGGACCACCCAAGAGGUGUCAAGCCUCUUGAGACUUUCUGAGUAAGGAUUCCUUAAAACUAAGCCAGGGAAAUGAGGGACUGGAGAUUUAUGCAUGAGCCUAACAGGGAUUAUGGACACCUGCAUCUUUUUGUCUCAAUAAAUUUAGGGGCUUUUGCGAGGCCAUUUGUUUGCUGUCUUUAAUAAAAACUCAGAUUGAAAGCGAAGCUUACUAGACUCCUAGAGCAAUCCUCUGCAAUGCAGGAAUCCCGGCUGAAAAAUCCCUGGCAGAUGGCCCUCCAAACCUCUGAAGGAGGAGAGCCCACCAUCUCCCAGGGUAGCCCAUUCCACUGUCAAAGAGCUCCUACCACCAGAAAGUUCUUCCUAAUGGUUCAUCUCAUAACUUGGAUCCAUUGAUGGGGGGUCCCACCCUCUGGAGCAGCAAAGAAACAAACAAGCUCGCUCCAUCUUCCUUGUGACUGCCCUUCAGAUAUUUUUUUUUUAUUAUUAUUAUUAUUAUUAUUAUUAUUAUUAUUAUUAUUAUUAUCAUUAUCAUCAUCAUCAUAAAUCAUUUUUAUUGAUUUUCCAAUAAAAAACAUCCAAUUAAACAUCCAAUCAUAAUACUUCAAUUAAAAUAAAAACCUAAAAUAAAAAAGAUCAAAUUAUAGUCCAAAUUAUAUUUAUUAAUUUCUUGGGGCUCUCCACGGUCUGGAUCUCUGGAGCAUAUCUCCACAUCUUAGUCCUGCUUCUCCUGUUGUUUCCAUAUUUUCCACAUCUUGAAUUAUGAAGCGUUAAAAUCAAGCCCUUCAGACAUUUAAAAUGGUCACUGCACCGGUUGGGCAGAAUCAAGGUGGUUAUAUGCCCUACUUUACUUUACUUUACUUUACUUUACUUUACUUUACUUUACUUUACUUUACUUUACUUUACUUUACUUGAAAGAACCCUGUAUUUGAAGGAAUGUCUGGAAUGAGUCUGAUUUAUGUAUAAAGAACCCUGAGAAGUGAGAGCGGGCAUGUGUGUGUGCUGGUUUGUCAACUCCAGGGGGUCGAGGUGUCAAACAAAUUUUUGUUUGAAGAGGGCUUGGCCCCCUCAAUGUUGAGGGGGCCAGGUAUGAGUGCUCAGCCUCCUCCAGAGGAUGUGACGUCAUGGAAGGCUGCACUGGCCUAUCAGGAGAUGCUGAGGGGACUGGCACAGCCUGGCAGAAGGUCGCACCAGCCUGUACAGUGUUGGUUGACUUGUGCAACAUCACAUGAUGUACUGAGUUGAAUAGGAUCCAAAAUGCAGCAGUCUGAUUGGUCCUAGAACAAUAGGAUUCAGAAUGCAGCAGUCUGAUUGGUCCUAGAACAAUAGGAUUCAGAAUGCAGCAGUCUGAUUGGUCCUAGAACAAUAGGAUUCAGAAUGCAGCAGUCUGAUUGGUCCUAGAAAAAUAGGAUUCAGCAGUCUGAUUGGUCCUAGAACAAUAAGAUCCAGAAUGCAGCAGUCUGAUUGGUCCACGGGAGCCACCCAAUCCAGCUCCAGGUGGAAGUGAAUCCGGAACCUGAUUGGCCUACAGGAGAAUCCCGGAAUUAACCAAUCACGGGGGGCCCAUUGUGUAAAUAAUGUAUAUAAAGCAGACAUUCUGGGGGAACUUCCAUUCCUCCUCACCGCUAUGAGCUGAAUAAAGGGCAUGAAAUCCACUCUCGACUCCGAGUAUAUUUCUAAGUGCUUAAUCAAGGGAGAGGUAGGAUGUUGGUAGUGGGUGCGGGGCUUAAAGUUGGCUAUCAGCACAGUGGGCAUUGAGUCCUUUGUUGGUGCCUAGGGCAUGUGUAUGCACAAGGCAGGACCAGGGGCUUGGCACGGAGGGUGAACAAAAUCCACUGUGCCAGCCCAACCCUUACCGCCACUGCUGGGCAGGUGUGGGGCACAGAGCGUUCACAGGGCAGUGCUGUGCCACCUGCCUGCGUACCCAUGCAAGGGGGAGCCUGGUCAGCUGAUGCGGCCGUUGGCGGGCGCACUCCCCAACACUGACCGCAUAACCAUUCAGUGAGGGGGCAGGGGGCGCGAUGCUAAGGCCAGGCUGGGCGCUGGGGCCCAGAGACUUCUGACGGCAAUCAGGGUGGGGAUCCUGGGACAACAUCUAUCUCGCCCCCCCUCCAAAUCAUGCGCCCGGGGCUGUGGGCCCCCAUGCUACGGCCCUAUGUAAGCAUUUAGCAGAAACUCUACAGCAGACUGAGUAGCUUUGCCCCUCCCAUGGUGAAAGGUAUUGCGUUUCUGUUCAAAGUGAGUCGCUCUCUCAUGAGUGUACCCUCUAAUAAUAAUAAUAAUAAUAAUAAUAAUAAUAAUUUAUUAUUUAUACCCCGCCCAUCUGGCUGGGCUUCCCCAGCCACUCUGGGCGGCUUCCAAAAAAAUAUCAAAAUACUGUAAUACAUCAAACAUUAAAUGCUUCCCUAAACAGGGCUGCCUUCAGAUGUCUUCUAAAAGUCCGGUAGUUGUUGUUCUCUUUGACAUCUGGUGGGAGGGCGUUCCACAGGGAGGGCUCCACUACUGAGAAGGCCCUCUGUCUGGUUCCCUGUAACUUGGCUUCUCGCAGUGAGGGAACCACCAGAAGGCCCUCAGAGCUGGACCUCAGUGUCCGGGUAGAAUGAUGGGGGUGGAGACGCUCUUUCAGGUAUACUGGGCCGAGGCUGUUUAGGGCUUUAAAGGUCAGCACCAACACUUUGAAUUGAAUGAAUUUAUUAAUAAGGUCACAGACCAGCGUCAACACACAAUAUCACAGAUCAUAAAAAAAAAAUCUAAAAUACAGAGGACAAUAUGAGUAUAACAAGCAUUUAAAUAUAAAAAAUUAAAAUUAAUUAUUAGCGUGCCCCCUUAUUAGCGUAAUUAACAUUUGGGGGUUUGGUCAUUAUGGGAUACCACUUGCUUCCUGCGAUUAAUUGCAGACGCACAGAAUUUGGCUACAUUUAAUGUAGUCUUGAGAUUCUUGUCCUCUAGCAGUAGUUUUAGACUAUGGUGUUCCGAUUCUUUCCUGGACUUUUGCAAAACAGGUGUAAUAAAAGCCAAACGUAUAUCCUCAUAAAGACGACAACGUAAUAGUACAUGUGAAGCAGUUUCAACUUCCAGCGAGCCACAGGGGCAGACCCGUGCUGUGUAUGGUUUACCCUCAAAUCUGCCCUGAAGUAAGGCAGAAGGGAGAACGUUGAAUCUGGUGAGGGUAAAAGACCGUCUGUAUUUGGGUACCUGAAGACCUGACAGAUAGUUAGCUGGAGAGAAACCUCUCCCAUGGUCCCUUAUUGCUGGAUGUUUGAUCAUUUCGCUCAUGUGGCAUUGUAAUUCUACGUCACUUUGAAUUGUGCUCGGAAACGUACUGGGAGCCAAUGUAGGACUUUCAAGACCGGUGUUAUAUGGUCUCGGCGGCCGCUCCCAGUCACCAGUCUUUCGCACCAGCACUUGUGCACAGCUUCUACCUGGGCCCAGCAUGACAUGUGAACAAGCCUUGGGUUGCGCAGAGCACCUCUGACCGUCCUCCCGCCUUUUCCCUUCCAGGCGCUCCUUUUCAAAGGUCUCAGCAUCCUCAUGCUACCUCCUGUCGGCACUUCCACCUGGGCCCCCAGCCUCAGAUUUCCACAGACUUCCCCCUGCCUCACGCCGUCCAGCCUCACAUGGCAACCGCGCACCAGCACGGAGGCCCCCUGCACCCGCCCCUGCCGCCUCUGCCUGCCCUGCCAUUCCAGGAAGUGACGGGACCCUCUUUCCUACCUCAGGCCCUUCACCAGCAAUACCUCCUCCAGCAGCAGCUCCUCGAGGCCCAGCACCGCAGACUCAUGCCUCAUCCCAGGUGAGCAAGCAUCUCCACCAUCAGCCAAGAUCAUGAAUGUGACCAGUUUGGGACAUUCUAACAGCCAAUGUCUUCCACGUGCUGUUGGACUCUUCUGAGCCCAUUAGCCCCAGCCAACGUGGCCAACGGAUUGUGCGAGUUGCAGUUCUGCUUUUGUAAUAUAUAUAUAUCCCUGCAUGCAGAAAGCUAGCACAUCAGGGACAUUAUUUCUACUGUAGCCUUCUUCCUGAUGCCUUAGCUCUCCAUGGCACCCUGCCUCCCCACCAGGGGAGAAUGGGUGAGGGAAGAUCUACAGGAAAGAAAGAUAGACAUCUCCCUGCCCUGGUGGAUAUUGCCGCCUGAGGCAGUUGCCUCACCUUGACUCAUGAGUGAGGCGGCCCUGACUACAGCUCCUAUCAAUCUGUACCAUUAACUAAGCUGCCUGGGGUUGUGGUGCCACAAAAUCUGGGGACCUAAGGUUGAAGAACACUGUUUUAGUCCAAUCCCCUGCCAAGGCAGGAAACCCACUGCUGAUGCAUCCUUUGUUCCCCUCAAAAACCUUUAGCAAAGGUGGGUGGAUUUCAAAGGCUGUAAGUUAAAUCAGUGGAGGAUGGGCUUAUCUACGGCUGCCUGCCAUAAUACCUAAGCAUUGCUAGUUUUACGACUGACACCCAAUUUGUGUGUCAUUCCCACUCCCCACCCACAUGGGGCAGCAUCCUCCAAAGGGUCAACUGAUAUUUGUUUUUAAUUUGUUUUUGCUUUUGAGUUGCUUUUAACGUUUCAUGAUUUUAUUGUUUGGCUUUAUAUUUUUACGUUGUUGCAAAUCCCUGCCAUAAUUUUUUUUAAUGAUACAGUGAUGUAUAAAUAAAUAAAAAAAUUUAACGUAAGCAUGCAGCACCCUGCGCUUUCCCUGCUUCUGCGGGCUGAAGUGGUGCCAUCUAGGAAAAAACAAACCCUUUACUACUUAAUUCUGGUAUAUAGCAGGUCUGGGAGGAACUUGUUGCCCUCCAGAUACUGAUGGACUCUCACCUGCCACAGUCAGUAUGGACAACAGUCAGGAAAGAUGGGAGAUGUUCUCCAACAACAUCUGGAGGGCCAUUGGUUCCUCAUCCCUGGCCUAAAAUCUCGAAACUCUAUGCACAGCAACAGUAUACAUAAAAUGGGGUCAAACCACAGGGUGUCUGUCUCUAGAACAGUGGUUCCCAAUCUUUUUUUGGCCAUGCCCCACCUAAAAAGUAAAGGUAAAGGGACCCCUGACCAUUAGGUCCAGUCAUGACCGACUCUGGGGUUGCGGCGCUUAUCUCGCUCUAUAGGCCAAGGGAGCCGGCAUUUGUCCACAGGCAGCUUCCGGGUCAUGUGGCCAGCAUGACUAAGCCGCUUCUGGUGAACCAGAGCAGCACAUGGAAAUGCCGUUUACCUUUCCGCCGGAGCGGUACCUAUUUAUCUACUUGCACUUUGAGGUGCUUUUGAAUUGCUAGGUUGGCAGGAGCAGGGACCGAGCAACGGGGGCUCACCCCAUCACGGGGAUUCAAACCGCCGACCUUCCGAUCAGCAAGCCCUAGGCUCUGUGGUUUAACCCACAGCGCCACCCAAGCACCUCUAAAAUCCUGAUUCCACCCCCUCCCCUGUAAAAUAUAAUUCUUAUUAUUCAUAAAGUGAACUCCUACUCACAUGGAGGAAACCUAAAAGGCCAUUAACUUGGUCUAAACAAGCUUCAAAAUUGCCCCCCUUAAAAAUCAAAUUGCCCCCCUGUGGGGCAUGUGCCUCACAUUGGGAACCAUGGCUCUAGAGUGUCCCUACUUCUGUGAGCUUUGAGGAGGCAUCUGCUUGGUCAACCUUGAAACCACUGUCUCACUCAAGUACCUGGACCUUCUGUGUAAGCAAUUCAUAUGUAUUGCAGCCUCACCCUUCCUCCAGAUGUUGUCAGACUACAACUCCCAGCAUCCCCAGCCAGCAUGGCACAAUUGUCAGGGUUGCCGGAUGCUGUAGAACGUUGGGAAGACACUAGCUUGGGAAAGGCUGUCGUUAAUACUUUGUCCAAUCUGUGAAUACACUCUAUUGACUCGAAUGCUUUGUCUGCAGGUCACCAUUAAGCUCUGUGCAGGCAACUGAUCCAGGGUGAGUGAAGAUGCGUGUGCAUGCAUGUGUGCAUGCGUGAGUUGGUGAGGUGGGCAAGGAAGUGUGACUAAAUCUGCAGACACAGCCCUAUUUGCAUUCAGUAUACUCAGAACAUCAGAAGACAUGGACCAGCCAUGCAUUUUGCCUUCUGCCGUUUAUGCAGAAACUCAAUGCAAGCUGAGUUAAUGGUAUAGCAUCCCAUUGCGCUUUGAAUAUAGGCUUGUGCAUGCUUGACAGCCCUCCAUUUCGCAGGGUUCCUGAGCGCAUGAUCAGAGCCAGUGUUCACACCUUUGGGUUUGUUUUCACAGGCUGAAUGUGUGUAGCUCAUGAACGAUGGGGAAAGGCAAUAUCUCAAUAGUAGAGUGCAUGCUUAUCAUGCAGUUCAAUUCUGGACAUCUCCAGUUAUUUAUUUUUUUAAAUCCAGAAGCAUAGCUCUCUCUCCCCUGCUGCCCCCCCCCCGGAGUCAUUGCCAGUCAGAACAGAUCAACCUUCACCAACUGUGCUCUAGUUGUUAUUGAAACCCAUCUCCCGUCACCCAGCCUGGUCAAAUUGUAGUCCAAGGGCACCCAAUUGGGGAAGGCUAGAGGGCUAGACAAUACAGUCAUACCUCAUGUUACGUUUGCUUCAGGUUGCGCAUUUUCAGGUUGUGUCCCGCGGCAACCUGGAAGUACUGGAAAGGGUUACUUCUGGGUUUUGCUGCUCGCGCAUGCGCAGAAGCAGUGAAUCGCGACCUACACGUGCGCAGACGCGGGUUGUGUUCUUUUCAGGUUGUGAACGGGCCUCCGGAACGGAUCCCGUUCGCAACCAGAGGUACCACCAUACUGGACAAGGGAGGCAAGAACAUAAAAAUAGCCUGCUGGAUCAGCCCAAUGGCUCAACUAGUCCAGCAUUUUGUUCUCACAGUGGCCAAUCAGAUGCCUGUCGGAAGCCUGCAAACAGGACCCAAACAUUUCCCCUCCUGCAGUUUCUGGCAACUGAUAUGCAGAAGCACUCAGUCUGGAUGAAGAGCAUAGACAUCAUAGCUAGUAGCCAUCAAUAGCCUUUUCCAUGAAUUUGCCAUGGCCAUAAUUGCCUCCCAUGGGAGCAAAUUCCAUAGCUGCUUCCUAUGACCCUGAUCCCCCAACCCCGUGCAUUCAUGGACCCUGAAUCAGUUGUCUGAACAGGGUUAUCAGUGUUGCUUUGGAUGCAGGAUUCAGAACCUUGGGGGUGGGUGUCAAACAUGAGCCUCUUUCGCUCACCUUUCUUCCUCAACCCUGCAGGCGGACUCAGGAGCGUAUCUCUGUCCAACCUCAUCGGUUACAUCCAAGCUUCGAAUUUGGCCAUCAACUGCAGACUCCUCAACCCAUGGGCCCCCAGCCCAGAUAUUUAGCGGAAGGAACAGACUGGUAAGUCAUUCCUUGCUGUGACAACUGGGGUGAAAUCAGGUGCGGAGCAAGGUGGGGGCGAUGGGGGUGGACUGCCCUGGGUGUCAUUACCGAGGUGGGUGACAUUUGGCGCGCCGCACGCCUGCGACUCCCGCCUACCCUGAGCCAUGAGGGGAAGGGGAUUAGUUGCACCGCAUUUCGCUGCUUUGUUUUGACAGCCCUGCGCUGCCUGGCUGCUGGAGGAGGCAUGCAGGCAAGCUCAACAACAUAGGCCAAGCAUUCACUAAAAAAGGCUUUGGUCAAUCCUUCCCCCCAACAACUCCUGGCAAUGACAAUGAGUAGAUCACAGCCAGUCUUUUUAUACUCUGAGUAGAUCACAGUCCCUUGGGAGUCCAACUAGAUUUCAAUGUGUGUGGGAGGGGGGAUGACAAGAAAUUUUCCGUACCGGGUACCACCUGACCUUGCUACGCCACUGGGUGAAAUAGAAGUCUUGUGAUACCAGUUCCCGUGAGGAACGGUUGAAGGAGCUGGGCAUGUGUAUAGCAUGGAGAAUGGAAGACUAACAGGAAACAUGAUGGCAAUGUUCAAAUAUCUGAAGGGUGUCAUGCAACAGUAGUUUAGUGGCAAAUUCAGAAGUGCAGGAUCCCUUAAUGAGAGUCACACAACAACACCCCCUCACAGUCACACCCCGUUCUAAGACCAUGCAGCCUUCUAAGACAAUACAGUGUGAUGAUGAUAAUAAUAAUAAUAAUAAUAAUAAUAAUAAUAAUAAUAAUAAAUGCAUUACCAUAAUCAGUGCAAAUUGAUGCUUUUGAAUUAUGGUGCUGGAGGAGACUCUUGAGAGUCCCAUGGACUGCAAGAAGAUCAAACUGAUCCAUUCUGAAGGAAAUCAGCCCUGAGUGCUCACUGGAAGGACAGAUCGUGAAGCUGAGGCUCCAAUACUUUGGCCACCUCAUGAGAAGAGAAGACUCCCUGGAAAAGACCCUGAUGUUGGGAAAGAUGGAGGGCACAAGGAGAAGGGGACGACGGAGGACGAGAUGGUUGGACAGUGUUCUCAAAGCUACCAGCAUGAGUUUGACUAAACUGCGGGAGGCAGUGGAAGACAGAUGUGCCUGGCGUGCUCUGGUCCAUGGGGUCACGAAGAGUCAGACAUGACUAAACGCCUAAACAACAACAACAACAAAUCAGUGCAAAGCACCAUGUAUUGCCUUUCAGCAAGACCUAUUAUUUGCACAUACAUUGGCAAAUUAUUUGGAGUGCACGAGUAUCUUCAGUUGGAGUGACUUAAGUUGUCAUUUUCUUGUUGUUCCAUUAUACAUGACAGAACUUGCACACCGUUGUCUUGAAAUGGAAGCACCUUGUGUUCUCAGUGCCCCAUAAUGCUUAGCACCAGAGCUUUCUCUCAAUAUUCUUCCAGUGCUCCUUCUUCUGAGUUACCCUAGGAGCCAAUCCACAGUGGCCGAUUUACCUCCUUUUACUCUUAAAAAAUUACAAAGUCAUUGUUUAAGCCUCGGUGACUCAAAAGCUCCCCUUUCAUGCUGAUUGGGCAGCUGUAGGGCUAUGGAGACAGGGACCCUGCUGCAGAAAUAGUACUGAGUCUUCCACCUUUCGCAACCCUCAACCACCACCACACCUUUGUCUGCAGAAGAUGGAGCAGACUAGUUCUGUGUUGUUUCAAAUAGCAGAGUGGUUUAACCAUCAACCCCUCUUCCCAGGGAACUCUGGGAAUUGUAGUUCUGGAAGGGGGAAUCUGAGUCUUCUAACAACUCUCAGCACCCAUUAACAAACCACAGCUCCCAGAAUUCUUUGGCUCUUUAAAGAGUUAUCAUAGUUCUUUAAAUGUAUGGUAUGAAUGUGGCCUUCAUGUUGCCUUUGUAGAAGUUCAUAGGGAGGAAGAUGGGGAUAAAAACAGAACUGGCUGACUCCACCUAUGGUUGGCUUCUUACUUUUCUUUUUUCUUUCUUUCUUUUUUCUAAUAAUUUUUUUAUUCAUUUUUAUUUUUCAUUCAUUACAUACACCUGAAAUUCUUAACCUUCACUAUAUAUUCCUUCCUCCUUCCCCUCCUAGGCUUCCCCCAACUUCCGCUUCUGGUUUGUUUCUCUUUUCGCCCACUUUGCUACCUCCUAACAGAAAAAGUUAUUAAUAACAUAACAUCAAACCUAAAAACAUAAAAGUAAAGACACCAUAAUAUUUCUCUAUCUUCUAAACAUUUUCUAAUACUAAUAAUGUGAAUGUUUAUUUAAAUCCUGCCAUCAAGUCUAUCAACUUUCUUUGUUUCUGCAAGUAUGCUAUAAAUGGUUCCCAUUCUUUUUCAAAAUUGUUGUUGUCUUUUUCUCUUAGUCUGUCUGUCAUUUUUGCCAGUUCUACAUAGUUCAUCAACUUCUCUUGCCGCUGUUUCUAAAUUGGUAUUUCUCCAGUCUUCCAAUUUUGUGCAAUCAACAUUCUUGCUGCUGGAGUGGCAUACAUAAAUAAAGUCCUCUUUUCUUUUGGUAUAUCUUGGCCUAAAAUACCUAGUAAGAAGGCUUCUGGGUUUUUUUACAGAAGUUAUUUUCAACAUUUUCUUCAAUUCAUUAUAUGUCAUUUCCCAAUAGGCUUUUACCUUUUUACAACCCCACCACAUAUGAUAGAACGUACCUUCUGUUUCACAUCUCCAACACUCUUUCUUUCCAUUUUUAUACAUUUUUGCCAGUUUAACCGGUGACAGAUACCAUCUAUACAUCAUUUUCAUAUAGUUCUCUCUCAGCUUCUUUCUUUUUUUCUUUUUUCUUUCUUUUCUGCCCUACCAGUCUCAACGGGCAUCAGACACCACUGGGAGGAAGAGGAGGGAAAGACUAUUGGCACACCUUUUACACUAAUUUGAGCUUGUUUUGCACAGGAUCUCAGAAUCCUUUCCACAUACAGGACCAAGUGCGGAUUCUGUGGAAAAGGCCAACAAGCAGAGAAGUUAGAUGUUCAUUGCAGAAUAUCAACAUCCUGUUUUAAUUUACGUAUUUUUCACUCCAUAAGAUGCACCUGACCAUAAGACGCACCUAGUUUUUAGAGGAGGAAAGGGGGAAAGCUCAAUUUUGGGGGGAUCAGCUCACAGUUGUGCAGCUUCUUUUGCAAAGAGGGAAAAGCCCUGUUUUUUUGAGGAUCAGCUCAAAGUUGUUGAGCUUACUUUGCAAAGGGAAAAAAUCCUGUUUUUAUGGGGUUCAACUCACAGUUCUGCAGCUUCUUUAGGAAAGGAAAGGGAGCCGUUUCUACAGUUUCCAGACAGAUAAUCUAAUCAGCCAUUCACAUGUCACUGGGGAAACAAACAGCCUCCGUCUGCAGAACAUUCAACAAUGGAGGCCUGGGCAAGGGGGCGGGGCCAGAAAGGGAGCCAGCGAUCAACCAUACAUUAGCUCCAUAAGACGCACAGACAUUUCCCCUUACUUUUUAGGAGGGAAAAAGUGCAUCUUAUGGAGCGAAAAAUAUGGUAACAAUCACACCCUACUUUUUACAUUUAAUUGACUGUGCUGUUUUCUCCUUCUCUUGACCACCGGUGCUUCGAAACUCCACAGGGUUAACGUAUAUACCAACCAAACUCUGAACUAUUUGGAUGAGUCACCAUGCCUCCGGGCUCAUGUUCCUUCUAUCCGGUGAAAGAUAUAAAAACAGCAUUAGCCAUUGGGUUUGAACUCAAAGUGUAUGUGUGUUGGGAAGGGGGUGGCGGAAUGGGAGACUUUUUAUAAAAAACGUUGCACAAUGCCUGAAAGCGAUUCGUAUUUCUGCAUCCUUCCAGGGAUCUCAGCGUCGAUGCUGGCCUAACUCACAACCAGUUCCAGGUCAGGCCAGUUCCACAACAUUAUCAGCAUUACUUAGCGACACAACGAAUGCAGCAUUUUCCCCGGAACACGUCCUCAACGCAGAUGGUAAGCAAAGCGGGAGUUGCUGGGGGCCGGCUUGAAGCCUGGCUUAGACCAACAGCAUAGUAACCAGAGUUUGGUGAUGGAGCACAUCUUCUGCGUGCAGAAAGCCCCAAAUAUUAUCCCUAGCAUUUCCAGCUCAAGUGUGCUGGUCCCGAGGGUUAACCGUGCGGCAAGGUCCGAGUCCAGUCCAAGGUCGAGGGUGCGGUGUGGAAGCUGUCCGUCAAAGCUGAAGCAGGGUCCAAGGCAGGGAGUUGGGUGAGGUCAGGAACUCUGGCACAAGAGCAGGACAGGGUGCAGGCAGGAACAGGCUACCAACAAUGUUGCUCCCGCAACCUGGGACUGGGGCUGGCUGGCUUUUAUCUGCCCCGAGGCAUAGGGUGGCCCUGGUCCACAGGUGACUCGCCUCUCCUGGCCUGGAGGUGAGCACUCCUCCUGAGAGAACUUAGUUCCCUCCGCCUCUCUGCCCUGAGCCUCUGCAGCUCAGGAGAGGCUGGAGGGUUACGAGACCCAGAGGCAACCUCAGCUUCCCCUGACGGGGCUGAGAGUGGAGCACCUGCAGGCAACGGGUCCUCCAUCACCUCAGGAGCCAGAGCAGGCUCAGCUGGUGCCUGUGAUCCAGCACAGGUGAGGACCCUUCAAGCUCAAGCCCCAGCCCCGGCUCAGCUGGUUCUGGAGGCGGGGACACCUGUGCAGGCUGGGAUUCCUUAGGUUCAUCACAUCAGGGCUCAUUUGAUCCUUGAGAGCCAUCGCCAGUCAGCUUAGGCGAUACCAGCCUAUAAGGGCCAGUGGUCUGACUCUGCUUAAGGGAUCUUAAUGAGUUCUUAAUCUGUUCUUGGACUGCUUGAAUGAAUGAUGCUUCCCAGCUUGGAAAUACAAAACUCGGCAGCUCAUAGGGUUAGCAUCUGAAUGUUCUUACCCGGCUCAGAUUUCUGCCUCUCUCCUGCCCAAACCCCUACUUUCCUCUCACCCAAUCUUCUCUUUUUGCUGCUUUGGUAAUAGUGUUGGGAUGGCAGGAGAUACUACCCCAUCUCUCCCCUUCCCACUCUGUGAGCAGCCUGGCAUGCAAGAUUGGGCUGCUGACAACGCUCGCCUCUGAGUUCUUCUCUGGCUCAGAUUUUAAUCUGUGCUGGAGAAGUACCGUAUUUUUCACUCUAUAAGAUGCAUCCGACCAUAAAACGCACCUAGUUUUAGAGGAGGAGAACAAGGAAAAAAAAUUCUCUCCCUCCGCCUCCCUUGUGGGGGUGCCCUGUCCCCUCUUUCAGUCUCUGGCACUGGACAUGCACCAAUGCUUGGGAACUAAGCUACAGUAGCAUUGGGAAACAUAGUUUCCCCAUUGCUACUGACGCAUUCCCAUGCGGAAAAUGAUCUGUGCCUUAAAAACCAGCAUAUCAGGAAAAAGUCUAUGCCAGAACCCUUCUUCCUGACAUGUUAGUUUUCUAUGCGGAGGUGACAGGAACAUUUAAUCAUGUGAUUUCUCCAUCUGCCAUUUGGAGUGGUACAGUCCAGGGAUAGUUUUACGACACAAUCUGCUGUCUGUGUAGACCGGGCCUGAGUCACUGUCUGGGGGAAGGCAGUCAAAAUACAGGCGUCUAUCAUUCCUGUCAGCUGAUUGCUAGUUAGGAGCCGGCACUGUGGGAGGCAAUUCUUUCUGAAUGGAUAAUCCGACAGCUUUAGCAGAAAUGAUUGCUACAGCUGGUUGGGUUCUUUUACACAUGUGUUCGAAGAACAACUUGCAUCGCUGACUAUUAUUGUACCCUAAUAAUCUGAAAUAAUGUUGGGUGCUCCAAUCUAGCAGAUAAUCUUCCUUUGAAUUAACCCUUUUCAAAGGCCAUUAAGCCUUAUUUUGAAUACUACUACUACUAGCAAACUCUCACUUACUUACUUACUUACUUACUUACUUACUUAUUUUGCACAAUGCCUCACAGGUUGUUCAUGAAAUUAGAAACUACCCAUAUCCUCAGCUUCAGCUACUUGCUCUUCAGGGACUGAAUCCAAACAGACACACGUCCGCUGUGAGGGAAAGUUACGAAGUAAGUGCUCGCAGCUUGAAUGAGCCUCUGGACCUUUUCCCCUGCAGGUUCUGUAUCCGUUUAUUCAUUCAGCCACUAUGGCUUUACUCUCAUGUAACAGUAAGCCAUAAACAGGGCUGGCCCUAUGAUGAAGCAGAGUGAGGCAGCUGCCUCAGGUGACAGUUGGUGGGGUGUGGAGAAUGACCAGAGCUGUGAGUCCCCCGUGGCUGCCCUCUACCCUCUAGAUUAGCCCGAUGCCCUCAAGUAAAGCAGAAGAUGUGUCCUUUCACCAGUAUUGGAGUAAAAUUCAACUCCCUGUCCAAUUAGCUUCUGUAUGUGCUUUUGGGGUUGGGCGCCAUCUUGUCCUUUGCCUCAGGCAGCAAAAUGUUUUUAGCAGGCUCUGCCAAUAAAUGACGGCUUAUUGCAAACAAGUUGUGUGCUGAUGUGCACUGCUGAAUCACAUCCAUCCCCCUCUUUUCUGUGUCAUGCUGGGAAGACACAAGUCAGAGUUAGGUGCAAAUCAGCACUUGUGAUUUGCUUGCUCAAAACAAGCCACAGGCAGAAGCUCAGGUUCGUUCUUGGCUUAUCUCUCCUGGUUUGGUUUUUUGGGGGGGUCGAAUGCCAAAGUGGGCAUGAUCGAAGUAUAGAAGUGGGCAUAGGGGGAACUGCCACUCUUAAUAGCUGCCUUCCCAAAGGCUUUGCAGCCAGCUAUUUGACACUAUUUUGAAAAGUAUUAGUAAUUGGUUCUUAAGUUUGGUUUUUGAAAAGCUUUAAAAAUUAAAUGGGCAAUUUGAGGGGGAGUUUGGAGAGCCCCUUCCUCACAGUAUCACAGGGUCAGUCAAGAAUAAUAAUAAUAUAAUAUUAAUAAUAAUUUAUUAUUUAUACCCCACCCAUCUGACUGGAUUUCCCCAGCCAUUCUGGGCGGAUUCCAACAGAAUAUUAAAAUACAAUAGUCUAUUAAACAUUAAAAGCUUCCCUAAACAGGGCUGCCUUCGGAUGUAUAGAGGGAGGGAGGGAGGGAGGGAGGGAGGGAGGGACAGGGCAGAGAGAAAGAUUUGGAGGGGCUUUGGGGCAAUAAAACCUUUUUGGCGUUACAGUAUCACAGCAAGGGAUCUAGAAGAGCAGUCAGUAUUACACACACACACACACACACACACACCUGAUGCAAAAAAUACUGAGUGAGAUAAGACCAAUUGUUUGACUUCAUUUAAGUCAAGAUUCCUGUAUAUUCCCCUUUUGAAAGUCAUUUUAUUUCCUGUGCCUUUAAAAAUAAACCUGAUUAAAAGAAAACCUUCUUUGGACCGGUAAGGGGCAGGGAAAGGGUGGAGAGAUGAGGACUCUUGAUCUGCCAUCUCAGAUGGCUAACAGGUGGCUAUUUGAAAGGUCUCCUGCUCAUUCCUUUCUCUUUCCUCCCUCUUUUUAGGAGCUUUUGCAACUGGAAGACAGGCUGGGCAGUGUGAACAGGGGGGCCGUCCAGAACACCAUUGAACGGUUCACUUUCCCACACAAAUACAAGAAGGUAAGAGUUGGAAGAACAUCUCAUCCUACCAGAAUUGACACUGGGCGCUGACCAUUCUUGGAGGCAAGCCUGAUGCUGGCUACAACUUUUUUUGUUGCAAAAGUGGAUGAAAUUUGCAGGCAUAACAGCCGCCUUACCAUCACUGGAUUAAGCCUGACAAAUCAUAGGCAGAUAACAACCAGUUUUUGUUUUGUUUUUUCCAUACAGGGCAUCUUCAAAAAUUGAUUAUUAUUUUUUUAAAAAGGCAAUCAACAAGUCUUUAACUUUUCAUUUUAAGAAUGAAUGAACAGGUGUGGAUGCAACACAAUCUUUGCCCUCUAUGAAUUUGCCUAAAAUCAGUGGCUACCACAUCUUGUGGUAAUAAAUUCCAUACAUUAAUUGUAAGCGUGUAAAAACAAGUCCUGCCAAACGGUUUCACGCUGGAUGACUCUGAAUUCUAAUAUUCUGAAGGAAAGAGACUAAAAUGUAUUUUUCUGCCUACUUUAUCUGCAUCAUCUAUUUGUUCUGAGGGCUCAUAUGUACAAAUCUGGGCUGCUUGGAAAGGAAUAGUAAUAGUAGUAGUAGUAAUGGCAAUAAUUUAUUUUAAGUAUUCACAUAAACUGCUGCACUGACCGGUAUUUUGUUAUGAGCAAUGGGUCUUAAUGGAGGGCAUUGGUUAAGCCAGGCAUCCCCAACCUUUGGCCCUCCAGAUGUUUUGGACUAAAAUUCCCACCAUCCCUGACCACUGGUCCUGUUAGCUAGGGAUCAUGGGAGUUGUAGGCCAAAACAUCUGGAGGGCCAAAGGUUGGGGAGGCCUGGGUUAUGCUCUUUGCCAUCUAAAUCCCCACCCGCUCCUGAAGGCCUUGGGGCGGCCAUCUUGUGUAAUGCUGUGAUCUUUCCUUGACCUUCUUGACAGAGGAGACCGCAGGAAAUCAAAGCAGUAAAGGAAGAUGGGGAGGAGUCGGACACCGAUGAGAAAUGCACAAUCUGUCUCUCGAUGCUCGAAGACGGAGAGGAUGUGAGGUAUAACUAUUCUCCGAAGGGAUUCCGAGUGAAAUCUUUCUUAUGUUCGUUCUCUAUCCACCUCACCCCACCUCAAAGUUUCAUCACUUUCAUUCUUUGCUUGCUGGUCUGUGAUUCUAUCGCAAACUCCCCCUCCACCACACAGAUAUAUAUUGCCUCUGAGCAAAUCAGUCCUCAUGAACUAAACAGUUAGAGGUUUGUAACUAGGGCUACUGAAGGGGUUGUCUAAGUCCUUAUAGCACCCCAGGGCUUCUCUCUCAUCUGAAGGCAGCCCUGUUUAGGGAAGCUUUUAAUGUUUAAUAGGUUAUUGUAUUUUAGUGUUCUGUUGGAAGCCGCCCAGAGUGGCUGGGAAACCCAGCCAGAUGGGCGGGGUAUAAAUAAUAAUAAUAAUAAUAAUAAUAAUAAUAAUAAUAAAUACCUCUAAGAACCACCUGCCACCAAUUCUGUAUCCAUUUUGAGCAGGGCGGGUUCCAGGUUUAAAGGAAUGGGAUUUGUCUUGCAUCAGUGGGCAUCUGGCUACCUUACCUGGUGACAGGAACAAGUGGUGGAGAGCCGCCAUUUUCAUUUUCCACAAUUCCCCUGGACACAACACCACUCCUAUGCAUUGUGGGGAAAUCAGACAGUAGUCCUUGACUAGAGCACCAGUUUCAAGGAGGGUGGCGCGGGUGGCGCUGUGGUCUAAACCACUGAGCCUCUUGGGCUUGCCGAUCACAAGAUCGAAUCCCCGUGGUUCGAAUCCCCGUGACGGGAUGAGCUCCCGUUGCUCUGUCCCAGCUCCUGCCAACCUAGCAGUUCAAAAGCACGCCAGUGUGAGUAGAUAAAUAAGUACCGCUGUGGUGAGAAGCUAAACGGCGUUUCCAUGCGCUACUCUGGUUUCCAUCACGGUGUUCCAUUGUACCAGAAGCGGUUUACUCCUGCUGGCCACAUGACCCGGAAAGCUGUCUGUGGACAAAUGCCGGCUCUUUCGGCCUGAAAGAGAGAUGAGCACCACAACCCCAUAGUCACCUUUGACUGGACUUAAGCAUCCAGGGGUCCUUUAAAGGUAAAGGGACCCCUGACCAUUAGGUCCAGCCGUGGCCGACUCUGGGGUUGCGGCGCUCAUGUCGCUUUAUUGGCCGAGGGAGCUGGCGUACAGCUUCCAGGUCAUGUGGCCAGCAUGACUAAGCCUCUUCUGGUGAAGCAGAGCAGCACACGGAAAUGCCGUUUACUUUUCCGCUGGAGCGGUACCUAUUUAUCUACUUGCACUUUGUGCUUUCGAACUGCUGGGUUGGCAGGAGUAGGGACCGAGCAACGGGAGCUCACCCCAUCGCGGGGAUUCGAACCGCCGACCUUCUGAUCGGCAAGCCCUAGGCUCAGUGGUUUAACCCACAGCGCCACCCGCGUCCUUUAAGGAGGAGCUUAGGGCAGGCAUCAGCAAUGGGCCUCAGCCAUUGUGCUGAGGCCCCAGCCGUUGCACAAAGGUCCUGCAUGUUGGUGCCAGGCUCAGUCUUGACCUCUUGCCCAGAUAACAAACCUUCUGUUUUCCAGGCGUUUACCUUGUAUGCAUCUGUUUCACCAAGUGUGUGUGGACCAGUGGCUCGCGACCAGCAAGAAAUGCCCUAUCUGCCGAGUGGACAUUGAAACACAGCUCGGGUCCGACAGCUGAGAGGAGAACCAGCUCUGGGGAUGUGUCCUCUUUUCCUUUCCUUUUCUUGGUCCUUCCUGGGGCGUCGCAGCCCCUUUGCAGCAAAAGUUUUGCCUUUCUGAGCCAUUUGAUUUUGUGUGUGUGUAUGAAGAAAGCCUGCAAGCACAUUCGCAGAUUAUUUAAACAAAAAAUUAAAUUAAAUUAAUUUUUAAAAAGAAGAAGAAGAAGAGGAAGACGAAAAUGAGGAAGACAGAAAAGAUGAUGAUGAUGAUGAUGAAGAAGAAGAAGAGUUGGUGGUUUAUAAUAUCUCGAGGUAGGAGGAGAUCCGUGCCACCUUGUUGACUGCGAAGCAUGGGUAUACGCAGCUAGAAAGCCGGCGGGAAGAGUUAGUUGUGGGAAGGACGGUACAUAAUGUUCCUAGUUAUGGCCUCUCAAUCCUGCUUCUCAAAAGGAUUGUAUAUAAUAUACCUCUUGAAUAAGUAGAAACACAUUAGGGGUUCUUUAGCUAUUUCUAUGGAUGGCUUCCAGAGCAUGUACGCUUAAAGAAAUGUCGUCUUUUGAUGCCCUGUCAUCUUGUGGUGGGUCUGUUGCUAUUAACCUAAUCUGCACCAAACAUCGCAUUGGGGGCUUUUGUUAUCUUUUCGUUUUUCCAUAAGGUUCCUUACUUUGGUGCCUGGCUGAAACAUAAUUGGGGGUAGGGGAGGGAAUGGGGGACACAAAGACACAAGAGUAAAGUUCUUUUCUUGCUUGGGUGAAAACAGGAAGGAAAAAGAAUCUUGUUUACGCUGGAAAAAACAAAAGAAAUAUAUAUCUAUUUCUUUUCCCUUAGGAGCAUUUGACUCGGGAAAAGAUUGCAGUGAGGUAGGAAAUUAAAGAAAAUGAGGGAAAGUGGAAAUUGGAAGGAAAUUUGGGGGUUGGGAGAAAAGAGCGGGAAACUGUCUUUCCUGCUUAUCUGCUGGUGCUGGACAUGAUACUUAGGGCAGAAGCCCAGGAUGAAUUUCGCUUCCGUCUACUGGAUCUGAACGAUGGGUCUCCCAAGGAAGAAUUAGAACAUCUCUCCACAAGCCUCAGGCUUAGACUACUUCUCCUUCAGAAAAAUACAUAUUAUUAAUUUGACACUCUCCCUUUUGGAGCAAUGGAACCAUUUUCUGCCUCUUUUAAAAACAACAUGGCAGCCAUUUGAUUGUCAGUAGGCAAUUUGCUUUUGGGGAGCAGUGACAAGGUGACUUUUAACCCUGGAGGGCUCCUUGGGCUCUAUAUCUUGUGACUGGUAGGAGGAAGCGAUCUUCAUCUGGUCUUGUGCAUGAGUUGGUUUAAGCUAGUAGAAUACACUGUCUUUGGUAACUGGUCGGGGUGAGUCUAAAAGGCCACAGGAAAUAGAUUCUGCCAUCUCUUGGCAGCACAAUAAGCACAAGCCCUGCUCUCCAAAGCAUGGAGAACGGGGCCUAAAGACCACAUCUUGCCUGUUCUACCUUAAAUUCUUGCACAAAAGCUACAUGGGAAGUUUCUCAUCAAAUCCCAUAGAACUCUUCCAGAAAUAUUCCCCCACCUCGCUCUCUCAGGAUCCCAGAGACAGUCAGGGGCUGACUGAGCAAAAUCUUCCACUUUUCUUCCAGAUCUUUGCGCUGUCUACCGUGUGUGUGUGUGUGUGUGUGUGUGUGUGUGUGUGUGUGUAGAGGUUUUAGCACUCAAGACAAACCCUGCAUUACUUAUUUUUCAAGUGCUACAAAUUAAGUAAAGGGGAGGGGAGAAAUUCAGUCCAAAUUUACAUGGUGAAAGCCCUUUUGAUACAUGGAAUAUUUUGAACACGGACAACAUUUCAGGUUCCUGGAAAACAUUAGAAUGAUGCUCUGGUCUUGGGAGGCAAAUGUGUGAUUGCUCAAGCAAAUACUGUAUGUUUGUGUGUGCAUAUAUAGUUAUUAUGUCCUGAAACUGGUUUUCAGGCUGUCGACUGCAUAAUACACACGUAAUUUACCUAAGUUGGGCAGUGUCCACUGAAGGAGCAUUCCACAUCCUUAGCAGAACGGGGAAUGAUGUGCGCAAUCUGCUGUUCAGGAAGAGGAAUGAGGGUCAGGACGAAUUCAGCCUUUCCCGAUCUCUUUUUCUCACCAAGCAGCUGACCAGCGGAAUGACAGCUUCCUUUACAAAACUUUCACCACACAGCAGAAGAGCCAACACUUUAUUUUAUUUUAUUUUUUUAAUAUAAUUUUUAUUAACAAACCAAUCAAAUCACAUUAAUUCCAAAUUACAAUGCCAAAUUUUUAAAUUUUUGUUGGGGGUACCCAU